UUUAUUGGCUCAGCUAAGAUCUCUCUACAAGACCUGGCUCAUGGUCACACCAAGUCCUUCCCAGCAAAGAACCUGUCCCUGGUCAAUGAGAAGAAACAGGAUACUGGGGUGAGUUUCUCUAUGGCUACACACUUGCGUUACUAAGAAUUAACAGCUUCAAGAAUUAACAAGAUUUAUAAACAUGUAUAAGUGUUUACAAUUGGCUUAUUCUUAAAUGUAAAUAUGAAGUGUAACCGAUAAUAAUUUAUUGUAGUGACAUUGUCAAGAGGUUCGGUGCUUUUGGCUUAAUGGCUAAUGUGUUGGGUUGAAAGUCGCUGGACCCGGGUUCGAGUCCCGGUCAGAACUAUCACACAAAUUCCCUACAUUGAUGUAAGAAGUGUGAUGGCGCCCAUAAGGUCAUCGGAGAGGCGUGUACACAUGAAGGACUUGGAAUAAAGAAGCUUGGACAAUGCUCUCCUGAAGGGAGGGGCUAGUGUAGCGAGUAGCGACCUUAACCCAACACCUAGCGACAUCGUCAAGAGGUUCUUGUCUCUUGGUGUAACUGCUAAGGUGUUGGGUUGAUAGUUGCUGGACUCAGGUCUGAGUCCCGGUCGGAACUAACCCACGCAUUUGCUACAAUAUCAUAACUAGGUUAAAACUUCUUGACCAUUUAUGGCAAUUAAAGUUGUCAGUACUGUAAGUAUUUGCAAGUGUGAUACAUUGUGUUGAAGGAGCAUUUUGACAUUUAAUCCCAUCUGUUUUUUAGGCGACCAUUAAUUUGAUGAUAGGGUAUGAGCCGCCAGCUAACACCACUCCUAACCUUAACAAUCAAACUGAUGAAGACCAGUCGUAUGGGGACACAGGUCAGUUUAACAUAACAAAUAUGUGGCACAUCAUCUCUUUGUUUUGGUUAAGCAAAUGGUCUCCUUCUCUCUUGAGAUCAGUUCCAAUGCCUUUGACAUGCUAAUAAUGUAAAUCAACUCUUAUACAUGUAGUUUUAGAAAAGUAUGCAGCUAUCUCAGUGGUAUGUUCGGGUUUGGUAUUGCAGUGGAAGCCUGAUUCCCAGAUUUGUUUGUGUGUUAGCCAACUCCUCUGUCGUUCAAUAUCAUGUAAUGAGCAGUUGACUAAAGUACAAACAGAUCUGGUAGCCAGGGUUGUGUUCAUUAGGGCACACAACAGGAAACUUUUGAAAACGGAAAACAAAAGCUUGCAUUUCUUAUUGGACAAGUCCAGGUAGUCCCUACCUGUUUCAGAGGUUUUUUCUCUCUCCAUUAGGUCUCUAAUGAAUACAACCCAGGUAACCAGGCUAGUGAGGUGGAGUGAUGUUGUGGUUUUAGGCUUUGGUUGGUAGGAAGUAUUGGAGUGGUACUGGCUUGUCUGUGUUCAUUACACCAGUGAAAGGCUGCUUGCUGUUUAUGGAAAUGGUGGAUGCAAAUGAACAAGACAAACAACACACACAGCCUUUUGCAGACUCUGCCACAAGGCAACAUAAUCAAUAGAACAUAUUUUCUGGUAUAUUCCAUUGGUUGCUCGCUUUUGGAGUCAGUUCCAGGAAUGGUUGUUAUGUCAUAAUAUCAGGUUACAGAUGGACCUGCAAACUGUAUUGUUAGGUGAUCUGAAAAAAAUAGAUCAGUCAAUGGGAAAUAUAAUUUUACUCCUGGGUAAAGUCUUUAUUUUUAGGGCUAUAUUGGUAGAAAUGUUACAAAUAGGGAGGUUCAGGACCCUCGUAGUAAAAUGAAAAUUGCAAAAGGAAAUAGCAAAAUGGCAUUAUAUUGGGAAAGAUGGGUUAAUCUGUGGACAUCGGAGAGUUGGAGUUCAGAUUGGAUGGUGGAUUGGUUGCUGUGGGUGAAAAUCCAGCACUUGAAGAAAGAGGAAAUUAGGAAUAUACCUGUAUGUCUAAUUCUUUAACUACAGGUACCGUAGAUGUGAGCAAAAAUAGCUGUAAGUAGCAGUAGAAGUAUUGUUGUCUGUUAAUUUACUCCAAUCAGGGUAGGGAUGGUAGGGUAUGGAAAAAAAGUAUAUGCAGUAUAUAUGUAUUUUUUAAAUACACACAAGUACUCUCAGCAGACAAUGUGCUGAACACAAGUCACCUGUCGGUAGAGAAUAGUGUGUCAUCCUGUGUUUAAAUGCUUCCAAGCAAUACGCUUGGUUUUCACAUAGAGAAAGAAAGGGGAUGUGAAAGGAAAGUAUGAUGUGUUUGUGUGUGUGUGCUUGUGUGUGCACGUUCUGGCUUCCCAGGUGGGGGGGAGGAAGGGGAGGAUGGGGAGGAGGUAUCCCUCGGGGGUCAGGUGGGGACCCCUGGAGCUCCACCCACACCUGGCCAGCCUGGUAACCCCAACCAGAGGCCUGUCCGGACCAGCCGCAAGAGACACCGGGCCCUAGCCAACAAGCCCCAGGACUUCCAGGUAGGGUACAUAGCUACCACAUGAAGUGCAUGUAAAAAGUUUAAAGUAUCCUCCUCUCCUCAUCUCUCUUUCCUUCAUUUGCACUGAUCUGAAACCAAAGGACAGAUGAAAGCAGUAUGGUGGAUGGUGGCUUUCACCCUCCAAUUCUUUCAGAUCAGUGGGAGAGGAGAAUAGGAAAGGACUAUUGAGAUGCAGCCCUGGAUGGUAGUAUGGGGCCCUGUUUAAAUACUUAUGAAAUGCGUCCUUCAUCCCAUUCUAUCUUACUUGAGGUAAUCACUAAUCUGUAUAGGUAUGAGAGGUGACAGCAAUAUGAUAACUAUGGAUUCACCAAUUCAAUCACUAACAGAUCAGUAAUUGCCUCAAGGAAGGAAGGAAAAAAGGAAGUAGAUAUGCAUUUUGUAGUAGAACAGCGCCUGCAGGUAAAUAAAUUAAAGGCCUAAUUAAGGAUUUUUGUGUUUGUUGAAGUCGCUCCGUUUUGGUUAAACUCUGUCACACUGUUGUCUUCAAUGACCAGAUUCGUGUUCGAGUUAUCGAGGGCCGACAGUUGCCGGGCAACAACAUCAAACCGGUUGUCAAAGUGAAUGUGUGCGGACAGACCCACAGAACCAGGAUCAGACGAGGAAACAACCCCUUCUUUGAUGAGGUAAUCUCUUCAUACAUCUAUGGUUUUAAACUGCCCUUACACUCCAAAAUCAAAACCACUAAGGCAAAGUUUCACUUCUCUGAUUGCACUGAAGAGAAUCUUCGUUCCAGUAUUUCAUCUUUUGAUUGAUUGGCUUUUUCACCCCUUUAAACGCUUGUCUUCUUCUUCUUCUUCUUCUUCUUCUUCUUCUUCUUCUUCUUCUUCUUCUUCUUCUUCUUCUUCUUCUUCGUCUCAGUGAUAUGUUUGAGUAAAUCUAAAGCAGAAUCCUCAGUUGGAUACAUCAUCUAUCACCCUGUCACGAUCGUCUACGAAAUGAGUGGACCAAGGCGCAGCGUGCGAUACGAACAUGACUUUAAUUGGUAAAGUACACGAAACAAAACAAAACACGAUCGUAAAGUCCACAGUGACAAUGACUGACAAGGAACAAAAACCCACAACCCUAAGGUGAACACUGACAGUUUAAAUAUGGCUCCCAAUCAGAGAUAACGAGCCGACAGCUGACACUCGUUACCACUGAUUGGGAGUCACACGACCAAACAAGGAAACAACCAAAAUACAACACAACCAAUACCAACCACAACCAAAUGAACACACCCUGGCUCAAAAUACACAGUCCCGGAGCCAGAGCGUGACAGUACCCCCCCCUAAAGGCGCGGACUCCGACCGCGCCUACACCCCAAAUAGGGGAGGGCUGGGUGGGUGUUGCUCCUCGGAGGCGGCUCCGGCUCCGGGCUUGACCACCACCCUUCUUCAAUCCCCCCGUAGCGCCCCCGGUCCGAUCUGACCCAGCUGGUAGGAUCUGGACUGACGACGCGCACCCCUGGCUUGGCGCGUGAGGCAGGAACGGACCGGACCUGGCCGACGAUACGCACCCUAGGCUUGAUGCGUGGAUUCGGAACGGGCCUCACCAGGCUGACGACUUGCAUCCCUGGCUUGGUGCGAGUAGCAGGAAUGGGCUGGAUCAGGCUGACGGCUCGCACCCUUGGCUUGGUGCGAGUAGCAGGAACGGGCUGGACCAGGCCGACGACUCGCACCCCUGGCUUGGUGCGAGUAGCAGGAACGGGCUGAACCAGGCUGACGACUCGCACCCUUGGCUUGGUGUGAGUAGCAGGAACGGGCUGGACCAGGCUGACGACUCGCACCCUUGGCUUGGUGCGAGUAGCAGGAACAGGCUGGACCAGGCCGACGACUCGUACCCCUGGCUUUGUGCGUGGAGCAGGAACAGGCCGGGCUGGGCUGGCGACGCACACCGUAGGCUUUGUGCGUAGAGCAGGGACAGGCCGGGCUGGGCUGGCAACGCACCCCGUAGGCUUUGUGCGUGGAGCAGGAACAGGCCGGGCUGGGCUGGCGACGCACCCCGUAGGCUUUGUGCGUGGAGCAGGAACAGGCCGGGCUGGGUUGGCGACGCACCCCGUAGGCUUUGUGCGUGGAGCAGGAACAGGCCGGGCUGGGCUGGCGACGCACCCCGUAGGCUUUGUGCGUGGAGCAGGAACAGGCCGGGCUGGGCUGGCGACGCACCCCGUAGGCUUUGUGCGUGGAGCAGGGACAGGCCGGGCUGGGCUGGCAACGCACCCCGUAGGCUUUGUGCGUGGAGCAGGAACAGGCCGGGCUGGGCUGGCGACGCACCCCGUAGGCUUUGUGCGUGGAGCAGGAACAGGCCGGGCUGGGCUGGCGACGCACCCCGUAGGCUUUGUGCGAGAGGCAGGAACAGGCCGGACCGGGCUGGAGACGCGCACCGUCCAUUUGGUGCGAGGGGCCGUAACAGGCCGGACCGUACUGGGGACACACACCACUGGCUCUACUCCGGGAACUGGAACGGGCCGGACCGGACUGGUAACACACCCCAGUACCUCUCGCCGUGCCUCUAAACCUCCUUUCCCUACUUUGACCAGUGGCCCCCGUAACCUGGUGGCCUUUUGAAUUCGCCCCUUCUCUGCCUCCGUCAGCCCCGUCGUCCAUGCCCUGUGCCCCCCCCCUAAAAAAUUAUUGGGGGUGCCUCUCGUCCCUCCGACGCUGCUCCCACAUCCAGGCUGCCGAUUCCUGGACACGCUGUUUGGUCCUUUGAUGGUGGGUUUUUCUGUCACGAUCGUCUACGAAAUGAGUGGACCAAGGCGCAGCGUGCGAUACGAACAUGACUUUAAUUGGUAAAGUACACGAAACAAAACAAAACACGAUCGUAAAGUCCACAGUGACAAUGACUGACAAGGAACAAAAACCCACAACCCUAAGGUGAACACUGACAGUUUAAAUAUGGCUCCCAAUCAGAGAUAACGAGCCGACAGCUGACACUCGUUACCACUGAUUGGGAGUCACACGACCAAACAAGGAAACAACCAAAAUACAACACAACCAAUACCAACCACAACCAAAUGAACACACCCUGGCUCAAAAUACACAGUCCCGGAGCCAGAGCGUGACACACCCUUGACCUCUCACAUGCAUUUUCUCAACCUUUCCUAGUAUACUAUACAAUUGCUACAGUAUGUCUGUAUGAAGUUCCUUCAAAAUCAAGAGUAUAGAAAGCUAUGUAAAAUGGUAAUGGUUAUGCCUAACUCUCUACUAUGUACAUAAAUAAACAAUGAAAAUACUGUAUAUAUCAACAUAUUUAUAAACCCUCUCCACAGGUUUUCUUCUUCAAUGUCAACAUGCUGCCUUCAGAGCUUUUAGAUGACUAUAUCAGUAUUCGGGUAAGUACAACACUCCCUCUCAGACUGGGUAUAGUCUGUAUCUUUAUACAGUGUGUUCACGAGUUCGGCUUCUCUCCAUCUGACGAACAUGUCGGAAGGGGUUGUAGUUGAUGGAGUAUGGUAAGAGGGUUUUGGCGUGGACAGUGGACUGAGAGGCCAGAACUCGGUCAGGGAUCGGGGUUGGUAGCUGGCUUCCCAGCAGGAUCAGCCCCCAGUCGUGGACUAAGGUUGUGCUGAGCCUGCUGGCAGAGCCAACCCCCGGCCGUAAGCCAAGGUUGUGUGAACAUGGAUCUGAUGAACAUGCAGGAAGGGUAGAGCUGACCCGCCAUUGUGCAGGAUGCCUGGAGGGUGAGUCGAUGGGGAGGCCAGACCCUGGUCGGUGAUCUGGGUUGGUAGCUGGCCUCCCAGCAGGAUCAGCCCCCAGGCAUAAGCCAAGGUUGUGCUGGCCCCCCUGCCCUUAUGCAAGAGAGACUUUCUGACAAUGAGGUCGCUACUGGUCCGAGUCACCACUGGUCAGAGUGGAAUCGCUGCGUGGAGAAACUGCGUGUGAGAGAAGAUGGGCGCGUGUGGGUGGCACAUCUGAGGAAGGCCGUGUGAUGGCUGCCUGGCGGAGCAGGAGGAUCUGUUCCGUCUCAGCGUGGUGAGACACGUGUGGGGAAGGCCAUGUGAGGGCCGUACGGUGGAAGCGGGAGGCUCUGUUGUGGGGAAGGCCAUGUGAUGGCUGUAUGGUGGAAGCGGGAGACUCUGUUCCGUCUCGCCAUGGCAAGACGCUGUGGGGAAGGCCAUCUGAUGGCCGUACAAUGGAAGCGGGAGACUCUGUUCUUUCUCCCCCCCGGACGUGCUACCUUGUCCCAGACCUGCUGUUUUCGAACGCUCUCUCUCUCUCUCUAUCUCUCUAUCUACACCUCCUGUCUCGACCUCUGAAUGCUCGGCUAUGAAAAGCCAACUGAAAUGUACUCCUGAGGUGCUGACCUGUUGCACCCUCUACAACCACUGUGAUUAUUAUUUGACCCUGCUGGUCAUCUAUGAGAAUUUGAACAUCUUGAAGAACGAUCUGACCUUAAUGGCCAUGUACUCCUAUAAUCUCCACCUUGCACAGCCAGAAGAGGACUGGCCUCCCCUCAGAGCCUGGUUCCUCUCUAGGUUUCUUCCUAGGUUCCUGCCUUUCUAAGUAGUUUUUUCUAGCCACGUGCUUCUACAUCUGCAUUGCUUGCUGUUUGGGGUUUUAGGCUGGGUUUCUGUAUAACACUUUGUGACAUCUGCUGAUGUAAAAAGGGCUUUAUGAAUACAUUUGAUUGGAUGUCAUGGAACGAGCUGGUGUUCUUAAUGUUCAAACCUUUUAAAACUCCUUGAUUGUGGAGCAUUAUAUAUAAACUAUGAAGCAUUUCAGAAACUAGGGGCUGGCUUUGUUUCAACAUCACUAAUCAUCUAUAUCUAUCUAUUGAUCUGCAGGUCUAUGAUUCCUACUCCCUCAGAGCAGACAGUCUAAUAGGAGAGUUCAAGGUGACAUAUACAUUUAAAUAUCCUAAUUUACAAAAAGUGCAUUUCAUUUAGUUAUUUACAGAGCAAUAUAUCAGUUAUAUCCAAUCUAUUAUGUUUGCAUGUCAUAACAAUGACAGAAAACAUUGGAUAAAUCACAUAGAUCCUUUGUUCAAACAUGGUAUGGCUACAAUGCACACUACUACACUGUAUUUAUACAGUAUUGAAUAUAUUUCUGUAAUCAUCCUUCCAGGCAAAAACCUCAUUAUCCAUAUUUGGUUGAUAUUUUAUUGAGUUGUCAACAAACAUAAAUUGGUUGAAAUAUGGUUAAAAUCAGUUGUGUAUUGUAUCCGUAACCAGACUUUCUUUUUAUUUUAUCAGUUGGAUGUUGGGUACAUCUACGACGAACCUGGUAAGUUCCUCUUCACAGAAGAGUGAUAAAACAAAGAAAGUAUUAUCUUGAUCUUCAAUUCUCUUCAAAGACACGUGUGUGUGUGUGUGUGUGUCUGUCUGUGUGUCUGGUAUGUGUGUAUUCAUAUGGUCAACAGCCCAUGCCAUAAUGAGGAAGUGGCUUCUCCUGAGUGAACCUGACGACUCUAGCUCGGGGUCCAAAGGUUACCUGAAGGUCAGCCUGGUGAUCGUGGGGACAGGAGACGAGCCACCGGUACGACUGCUGUGUCACUAUGCUAUGUCACUUUACACCUCACCUGUCUGUCUCUACAGUGAGGGAAAAAAGUAUUUGAUCCCCUGCUGAUUUUGUACGUUUGCCCACUGACAAAGAAAUGAUCAGUCUAUAAUUUUAAUGGUAGGUUUAUUUGAACAGUGAGAGACAGAAUAACAACAACAAAAUCCAGAAAAACGCAUGUCAAAAAUGUUAUAAAUUGAUUUGCAUUUUAAUGAGGGAAAUAAGUAUUUCACCCCCUCUCAAUCAGAAAGAUUUCUGGCUCCCAGGUGUCUUUUUAUACAGGUAACGAGCUGAGAUUAGGAGCACACUCUUAAAGGGAGUGCUCCUAAUCUCAGCUUGUUACCUGUAUAAAAGACACCUGUCCACAGAAUCAAUCAAUCUAUCAGAUUCCAAACUCUCCACCAUGGCCAAGACCAAAGAGCUCUCCAAGGAUGUCAGGGACAAGAUUGUAGACCUACGCAAGGCUGGAAUGGGCUACAAGACCAUCGCCAAGCAGCUUGGUGAGAAGGUGACAACAGUUGGUGCGAUUAUUCGCAAAUGGAAGAAACACAAAAUAACUGUCAAUCUCCCUUGGCCUGGGGCUCCAUGCAAGAUCUCACCUCGUGGAGUUGCAAUGAUCAUGAGAACAGUGAGGAAUCAGCCCAGAACUACAGGGACAGGACAACUUCACUGCAUCAAAGGGACGACAGACGGGGCCAUGUACCGUCAAAUCUUGGGUGAGAACCUCCUUCCCUCAGCCAGGGCAUUGAAAAUGGGUCGUGGAUGGGUAUUCCAGCAUGACAAUGACACAAAACACACGGCCAAGGCAACAAAGGAGUGGCUCAAGAAGAAGCACAUUAAGGUCCUGGAGUGGCCUAGCCAGUCUCCAGACAUUAAUCCCAUAGAAAAUCUGUGGAGGGAGCUGAAGGUUCAAGUUGCCAAACGUCAGCCUCGAAACCUUAAUGACUUGGAGAAGAUCUGCAAAGAGGAGUGGGACAAAAUCCCUCCUGAGAUGUGUGCAAACCUGGUGGCCAACUACAAGAAACGUUUGACCUCUGUGAUUGCCAACAAGGGUUUUGCCACCAAGUAAUAAGUCAUGUUUUGCAGAGGGGUCAAAUACUUAUUUCCCUCAUUAAAAUGCAAAUCUAUUGAUAACAUUUCUGACAUGCGUUUUUCUGGUUUUAUUUGUUGUUAUUCUGUCUCUCAUUGUUCAAAUAAACCUACCAUUCAAAUUAUAGACUGAUCAUGUCUUUGUCAGUGGGCAAACGUACAAAAUCAGCAGGGGAUCAAAUACACUGCUCAAAAAAAUAAAGGGAACACUAAAAUAAAACAUCCUAGAUCUGAAUGAAUGAAAUAAUCUUAUUAAAUACUUUUUUCUUUACAUAGUUGAAUGUGCUGACAACAAAAUCACACAGAAUUUAUCAAUGGAAAUCAAAUGUAUCAACCCAUGGAGGUCUGGAUUUGGAGUCACCCAUCAAAAUUAAAGUGGAAAACCACACUACAGGCUGAUCCAACUUUGAUGUAAUGUCCUUAAAACAAGUCAAAAUGAGGCUCAGUAGUGUGUGUGGCCUCCACGUGCCUGUAUGACCUCCCUACAACGCCUGGGCAUGCUCCUGAUGAGGUGGCGGAUGGUCUCCUGAGGGAUCUCCUCCCAGACCUGGACUAAAGCAUCCGCCAACUCCUGGACAAUCUGUGGUGCAACGUGGCGUGGGUGGAUGGAGCGAGACAUGAUGUCCCAGAUGUGCUCAAUUGGAUUCAGGUCUGGGGAACGGGCAGGCCAGUCCAUAGCAUCAAUGCCUUCCUCUUGCAGGAACUGCUGACACACUCCAGCCACAUGAGGUCUAGCAUUGUCUUGCAUUAGGAGGAACCCAGGGCCAACCGCACCAGCAUAUGGUCUCACAAGGGGUCUGAGGAUCUCAUCUUGGUACCUAAUGGCAGUCAGGCUACCUCUGGCGAGCACAUGGAGGGCUGUGCGGACCCCAAAGAAAUGUCACCCCACACCAUGACUGACCCACCGCCAAACCGGUCAUGCUGGAGGAUGUUGCAGGCAGCAGAACGUUCUCCACGGCGUCUCCAGACUCUGUCACGUCUGUCACGUGCUCAGUGUGAACCUGCUUUCAUCUGUGAAGAGCACAGGGCGCCAGUGGCGAAUUUGCCAAUCUUGGUGUUCUCUGGCGAAUGCCAAACAUGUUGGGCUGUAAGCACAACCCCCACCUGUGGACGUCGGGCCCUCAUACCACCCUCAUGGAGUCUGUUUCUGACCGUUUGAGCAGACACAUGCACAUUUGUGGCCUGCUGGAGGUCAUUUUGCAGGGCUCUGGCAGUGCUCCUCCUGCUCCUCCUUGCACAAAGGCGGAGGUAGCAGUCCUGCUGCUGGGUUGUUGCCCUCCUACGGCCUCCUCCACGUCUCCUGAUGUACUGGCCUGUCUCCUGGUAGCGCCUCCAUGCUCUGGACACUACGCUGACAGACACAGCAAACCUUCUUGCCACAGCUCGCAUUGAUGUGCCAUCCUGGAUGAGCUGCACUCCGUCUCAUGCUACCACUAGAGUGAAAGCACCGCCAGCAUUCAAAAGUGACCAAAACAUCAGCCAGGAAGCAUAGGAACUGAGAAGUGGUCUGUGGUCACCACCUGCAAAACCAGUCCUUUAUUGGGGGUGUCUUGCUAAUUGCCUAUAAUUUCCACCUGUUGUCUAUUCCAUUUGCACAACAGCAUGUGAAAUGUAUUGUCAAUCAGUGUUGCUUCCUAAGUGGACAGUUUGAUUUCACAGAAGUGUGAUUGACUUGGAGUUACAUUGUGUUGUUUAAGUGUUCCCUUUAUUUUUUUGAGCAGUGUACUUUUUUCCCUCACUGUACAUUCUCUACCAUUGUACUUAAUUUAAUAUUGAUUAUACAGUGUAUAGUAUAAUGUGUAUACAAUAUCCCUCUCCUCUCCUCUCCUCUCCUCUCCUGUGUGUUCAGACUGAGAAGAGAGAGCGGAACGAGGAGCUAGAUGACAUAGAGAGUAAUCUGUUGGUGCCGGCUGGGGUAACACUCAGAUUGGUCACUCUCAACCUGAAGGUGUACCGUGCAGAGGACAUGCCUCAGAGUACGUGUAUACUCCUUCUUUCUCCAUUUUCCUUCCUCCAUCAGCAGCAAAGUAUCAUUUAGUCCAGUCCAAAAACAACUCCUUGCCCCUUCCCUUAUCCCUAAACCUCUUUUUUCUUCCACCUACCACUUGGGUAUGCAUAUUUCUAGGUAAAGGAAAUGUGUAAGCUAUAUGGCAGAAGUUAUGGCAGCCACCACCAUAUUGAUUGCACGUACAGUGGGAGGAAAAGUAUUUAGUCAGCCACCAAUUGUGCAAGUUCUCCCACUUAAAAAGAUGAGAGAGGCCUGUAAUUUUCAUCAUAGGUACACGUCAACUAUGACAGACAAAUUGAGAGAUAAAAAUCCAGAAAAUCACAUUGUAGGAUUUUUAAUGAAUUUAUUUGCAAAUUAUGGUGGAAAAUAAGUAUUUGGUCACCUACAAACCAGCAAGAUUUCUGGCUCUCACAGACCUGUAACUUCUUCUUUUAGAGGCUCCUCUGUCCUCCACUCGUUAUCUGUAUUAAUGGCACCUGUUUGAACUUGUUAUCAGUAUAAAAGACACCUGUCCACAACCUCAAACAGUCACACUCCAAACUCCACUAUGGCCAAGACCAAAGAGCUGUCAAAGGACACCAGAAACAAAAUUGUAGACCUGCACCAGGCUGGGAAGACUGAAUCUGCAAUAGGUAAGCAGCUUGGUUUGAAGAAAUCAACUGUGGGAGCAAUUAUUAGGAAAUGGAAGACAUACAAGACCACUAAUAAUCUCCCUCGAUCUGGGGCUCAGCGCAAGAUCUCACCCCGUGGGGUCAAAAUGAUCACAAGAACGGUGAGCAAAAAUCCCAGAACCACACGGGGGGACCUAGUGAAUGACCUGCAGAGAGCUGGGACCAAAGUAACAAAGCCUAGCAUCAGUAACACACUACGCCGCCAGGGACUCAAAUCCUGCAGUGCCAGACGUGUCCCCCUGCUUAAGCCAGUACAUGUCCAGGCCCGUCUGAAGUUUGCUAGAGUGCAUUUGGAUCAUCCAGAAGAGGAUUGGGAGAAUGUCAUAUGGUCAGAUGAAACCAAAAUAUAACUUUUUGGUAAAAACUCAACUCGUCGUGUUUGGAGGACAAAGAAUGCUGAGUUGCAUCCAAAGAACACCAUACCUACUGUGAAGCAUGGGGGUGGAAACAUCAUGCUUUGGGGCUGUUUUUCUGCAAAGGGACCAGGACGACUGAUCCGUGUAAAGGAAAGAAUGAAUGGGGCCAUGUAUCGUGACAUUUUGAGUGAAAACCUCCUUCCAUCAGCAAGGGCAUUGAAGAUGAAACGUGGCUGGGUCUUUCAGCAUGACAAUGAUCCCAAACACACCGCCCGGGCAACGAAGGAGUGGCUUCGUAAGAAGCAUUUCAAGGUCCUGGAGUGACCUAGCCAGUCUCCAGAUCUCAACCCCAUAGAAAAUCUUUGGAGGGAGUUGAAAGUCCGUGUUGCCCAGCGACAGCCCCAAAACAUCACUGCUCUAGAGGAGAUCUGCAUGGAGGAAUGGGCCAAAAUACCAGCAACAGUGUGUGAAAACCUUGUGAAGACUUACAGAAAACGUUUGACCUGUGUCAUUGCCAACAAAGGGUAUAUAACAAAGUAUUGAGAAACUUUUGUUAUUGACCAAAUACUUAUUUUCCACCAUAAUUUGCAAAUAAAUUCAUUAAAAAUCCUACAAUGUGAUUUUCUGGAUUUUUUUCUUCUCAUUUUGUCUGUCAUAGUUGACGUGUACCUAUGAUGAAAAUUACAGGCCUCUCUCAUCUUUUUAAAUGGGAGAACUUGCACAAUUGGUGGCUGACUAAAUACUUUUUCCCCCACUGUAUCUGGAAAUUCAUUUCAAGUAAUCAAACAUUGUAAUCAGUGGGCCUGCUCUUUCACAACGUUGAUUGAACAUCUGUUAUUUGUUAUGGUGGGGUAUGUUAAUAUCCAUUCUCUCCAUCUUACAGUGGAUGAUGCGUUUGUGCAGACUGUGAAACAAGUAUUUGGAGGGGAAGGCGAUAAGAAAAACUUAGUUGAUCCAUUUCUGGAGGUCAGCUUCGCUGGCAAGAAGGUAAAGCUAAGUCUCAGAACACAACUCCUAGAAUGCAAGAGAAAGAAAAACGUCAUUAUGCAAAUAUCUUCAGAUCUUUGGUUUGAUGUUGCUUAGUGAUGACAUUGUUUUGGUUUCAGCUGUGCACCAAAAUUGUCGAGAAAAAUGCAAAUCCUGAGUGGAACCAGCUGAUCAACCUUCAGGUCAAGGUAUGAACUAGCUCUCUCGUAUUACAUGUAGUACACCACAACAUCCUUGGAUGACAGUAUCACUGGAAGCCAGACGAACACAACAUGCUCUCAUUUCCCUGUUUAGUUCCCAUCCAUGUGUGAAAGCAUCAAGUUGACUGUAUUUGACUGGUAAGACUUUGGUUAUCAUCCCUGGAAGACAGAUACUGUACAUGUUUGGAUUGUUAUAACGGUCUACUGUGAAUUACACUAUCCACAUUCAUGAAUACCUUCACUUUUAAAUUCUGCUACUUUGAGUUUGAAGAGAUGGAUCUCGUAUGAACGUUUAUUUACAAUGUAUUGAACUGUUCACACAGGGAUCGUCUGACCAGGAAUGAUGUGAUAGGAACCACAUUUCUAAAUCUGACCAAAAUAGCCUCAUCUGGUGGUGAGAUUGAAGGUAUUGGUAUUCAUAUUUCCUCUUUAUAUCUACCUCUCACCUUCCUUUCCUACUUUCGCUUUUUCUUCCUUCUUCCUCUCCUCUUCUCUCUCAUCUCCUCUAUAUCUCUCUAUCUCUCUCUCUCUUCUCUCUCUCUCUCUUCUCCUCUCUAUCUCUCUAUCUUCUCUCUCUACUCUUCCGCUCUCUCUCUCUCUCUGCUCUCUGUAUGUGGGGGUGUGCGUGUGUGUGUGAGAGUGUGUGUUCCCUGUCUCACCCACAUUGCAUCUGUCCCUUCAAACAGAUACACCUGCAGAAAAUUGCACGACUCUGUCAUCUGAAGGUAAAAAACCAUCAUCUUAUUGUAUGAGGCUUCCCUAUAGGGUGGCAGUAACUGAAAGGUGUUUCGAAUACCUGAGCCGACAAGGUAAAAAAAAUCUGUCAAUGUGCCCUUGAGAGCACUUAACCCUAAUUUGCUCAAGGUGUGCCAUACUACAAUGGCUGACCCUGUAAAACAACACAUUUCACUGCACCUAUCUGGUGUAUGUGAAAAUAAAACAUAUCUUAUUUUUAUUUUUUUAUAGCCUUUGUCAAACAGGCAUAGCACUUCUAAAUACAGUACUACAGUAUGACUACCAAUGUAGCAUGGGAACUACUCUGUAUUACCAUGUUUUUUUUUUUUUUUACGGGGGGAGAAAACGGAAAAACAGCUUCUAUCUCCAGGCUAUCAGACUGUUAAAUAGUUACCACUAGCCGGCUACCACCCGGGACUCUACCCUGCACCUUAGAGACUGCUGCCCUAUGUACAUAGUCAUUGAACACUGGUCACUUAAUUAUGUUUACAUACUGUUCUAUUCAUAUACUGUCCAUACUGUCUAUGUACGCCAUUAUAUGUAUUUAUAUUCCGACUCUAACGUUGCUUGUUCUGAUAUUUCAAAAUGUAUUUCUUAAUUUUUAGGGGGAUUUGUCUGUAUUUUUUUGAAUUGUUAGGUAAUACUGUUAUUUUGGAGCUAGAAACGUAAGUAUUUCGCUGCACCUGCGAUAACUUCUGCAAAAUAUGUUUAUGCGACCAAUAACAUUUGAUUUGUUAACACUAUCGCUCAGAGUCUGGUCGCCAGGCUAAUUACGCUGUACCUGGCAAUGUCCUGGAGUAAAUAUUACAUUAAUUCAAAAUAACUGUCCCAAACCAUUUCACAAAGAGAAGCUGCCUUUUAUUUCAGUGAGCAGUGGGCAGGCAGAGGUGGGUUUCCUCCCAGCGUUUGGGCCAUGCUACCUAAACCUGUACGGCAGUCCCAGGGAGUUCACUGGCCUCCUAGACCCAUACGAGGAACUCAACUUUGGCAAGGUAAGACCAGCCCUGUGGUUGAGUACAAGUGAUUCAGCUCUGGCAGGAGGUUUUGUUAUUAUUUUUUCUUAUUGUAAAUAUUUGCAUAUCUAACAUGCACAACUCUCUCACAGGAAAAUGUAAUUAUUAAGAUUCAGAAUGGAAAUUGUUGUAGACAAUUGUAAAUCAGCUCUUGUAGUCAAGAAAACUAUUAAGCAUUCACCUAGGGUUUAUUCUUUAGUGGCCAGCAUUGAACUCUCCUAGACACAAAUACAUUUGAGCUUAAAAGGCAAGGGACAUCUGGUUUAGAUCAGUAUUCUCUUUUCUGCUGAGUUUCUUGGCAUGCUUAUCUAUUCUAUAAAACAUACAUUAAGGUAUCCAAGUGAUAUACACCUCAAUGUAUAACACAUGUGGGAUUGCCACGUUUCAUACUUCCCUUCCUCAAAUCAAGAUUGUCCGGUUCUAGUUCAACUUCGAUAAAAGCUUUAAAGCACACAGUACAAUUGUCAUUAAGCUUAAUUUUUCCUUCACAAAAUGCAUUUUUUUAGUGUCUCAAGUAAUUUCCUGUGUUGAUAGGAACAUUCUGUGUAGCAACAGGAUUACAGUAUCACUGUGUUUCAUCUCUGUCUGUCUCUGUCUGUCUGUCUACCAGGGUGAAGGGGUGGCAUACAGGGGCAGAGUCCUCAUUGAGCUCUCCACUCAGCUGGAGGGCAAAGUUGACAGGAAGCUGGACAACAUCUCCAGUGACGACAUCCUGGUGGCCCAGGUACACAGAGAGGGCAGGAUCCUGUCAUAGCUGGGAUAUUGUUGCUUCAUGUAUUAAUAAAGGUCUGAAACAGGGUUGGUGUCAGAUCCAAUUGAAGGCAGUCAAUUCAGGAAGUAAAUUGAAAUUCCAGUUUAAUCAUUUAAAAAAGGGCAUCUAUUUUCGAUGACUUCUCAAUAAACUGAAAGGUAGAAGCUAUUUACUUCAAAAUUAAUUCAAAUUACUUCCGGAAUUGACUGCCUUCAAUUCGAAUUGACCCCAACCCUGGUACGAAACUUGCGAAACGUAGUGAAGAACUGAUGAGAAAUGGAUACAGAGAAAGCUGGAAGGGAAAAUGUUCCCCUCCAUCCAGAUUUCUUGUGUGUAGACCAGUGUUUCCAAAUCCAAUUUUGUUUUAGUCCAGCAAUAACACACCUGUAAUGAAUGUACAAUGGAAUUAAGCACCCCUGACCUCUUGUCUGUUAUUUCAGAAGUACCAGCGGAGGAGGAAGUUCUCGCUGUGUGCUGUGUUCCACAGCUCCUGCAUGCUCCAGGAGCCCGGUGAGCCAAUCCAGUUCGAGGUCAGCAUCGGUAACUACGGCAACAAGCUGGACUCCACCUGCAUGCCGCUGGCGUCCACAACCCAGUACAGCUGUGCUGUGUUUGACGGUGAGAAAACCAAGACUGUAAACCAGUGUUCUUCAAUCCUGAUGGUUACCCUCCUGGUGUGCUAGCUAUUGUUCCAGCCCAGUGCCAACACACCUGACUAAUCAUCAAGCCCCUGAUUAGACCUGAUAUCUGCAUGUUUACAAGAUAAAGCUUUUUUAGCACCCAUGCUUUGAGAGCAUCUGUCAAUUCUAAAGGCACAAAGCAGACGAACUAUGCACAGUGAUGCAUAUCAAAACAGGAAAACAUAGAGUACCAGUCAAAAGUUUGGACACACCUACUCAUUCCAGGGUUUUCUUUAUUUUUACUAUUUUCUACAUUGUAGAAUAAUAGUGAAGACAUCAAAACUAUGAAAUAACACAUAUGGAAUCAUGUAGUAACCAGAAAAGUGUUAAACACAUCAAAAUAUAUUUUAUAUUUGAAAUUCUUCAAAGUAGCCACCCUUUGCCUUGAUGACAGCUUUGCACACUCUUGGCAUUCUCUCAACCAGCUUCAUGAGGUAGUCACCUGGAAUGCAUUUCAAUUAACAGGUGUGCCUUGUUAAAAGUUAAUUUGUGGAAUUUAUUUCCUUCUUAAUGCGUUUGAGCCAAUGAGUUGUGUUGUGACAAGGUAGGGGUGGUAUACAGAAGAUAGCCCUAUUUGGUAAAAGACCAAGUCCAUAUUAUGGCAAGAACAGCUCAAAUUAGCAAAGAGAAACGACAGUCCAUCAUUACUUGAAGAUAUGAAGGUCAGUCAAUCCGGAAAAAUUCAAGAACUUUGAAAGUUUCUUAAAGUGCAGUCGCAAAAACCAUCAAGUGCUAUGAUGAAACUGGCUCUCAUGAGGACCGCCACAGGAAAGGAAGGCCCAGAGUUAUCUCUGCUGCAGAGGAUAAGUUCAUUAGAGUUAACUGCACCUCAGAUUGCACCCCAAAUAAAUGCUUCACAGAGUUCGAGUAACAUAGACAUCUCAAUAUCAACUGUUCAGAGGAGACUGCGUGAAUCAGGCCUUCAUGGUCGAAUUGCUGCAAAGAAACGACUACCAAAGGACACAAAUAAGAAGAAAAGACUUGCUUGGGCCAAGAAACACAAGCAAUGGACAUUAGAACGGUGGAAAUCUGUCCUUUGAUCUGAUGAGAUUUGAGAUUUUUGGUUCCAACCGCUGUGUCUUUGUGAGAUGCAGAGUAGGUGAACGGAUGAUCUCCGCAUGUGUGGUUCCCACCGUGAAGCAUGGAGGAGGAGGUGUUAUGGUGUGGGGGUGCUUUGCUGGUGACACUGUCUGUGAUUUAUUUAGAAUUCAUGGCACACUUAACCAGCAUGGCUACCACAUCAUUCUGCAGCGAUACGCCAUCCCAUCUGGUUUGCGCUUAGUGGGACUAUCAUUUGUUUUUCAAAAGGACAAUGAUCCAAAACACACCUCCAGGCUGUGUAAGGGCUAUUUGACCAAGGAGAGGGAUGGAGUGCUGCAUCAGACCUGGCCUCCACAAUCACCCAACCUCAACCCAAUUGAGAUGGUAUCAAAUCAAAUCAAAUUUUAUUGGCCACAUGCGCGGAAUACAACAGGUGCAGACAUUACAGUGAAAUGUUUACUUACAGCCCUUAACCAACAGUGCAUUUAUUUUUAAUAAAAAAGUAGAAUAAAACAACAAAAAAGUGUUGAGAAAAAAAGAGCAGAAGUAAAAUAAAAUAACAGUAGGGAGGCUAUAUAUACAGGGGGGUACCGGUGCAGAGUCAAUGUGCGGGGGCACCGGCUAGUUGAGGUAGUUGAAGUAAUAUGUACAUGUGGGUAGUUAGUGACUAUGCAUAAAUAAUUAACAGAGUAGCAGCAGCGUAAAAAGAUUGGGGGGGGGGGGGCAGUGCAAAUAGUCCGGGUAGCCAUGAUUAGCUGUUCAGGAGUCUUAUGGCUUGGGGGUAGAAGCUGUUGAGAAGUCUUUUGGACCUAGACUUGGCACUCCGGUACCGCUUGCCGUGCGGUAGCAGAGAGAACAGUCUAUGACUAGGGUGGCUGGAGUCUUUGACAAUUUUGAGGGCCUUCCUCUGACACCGCCUGGUAUAGAGGUCCUGGAUGGCAGGAAGCUUGGCCCCAGUGAUGUACUGGGCCGUACGCACUGCCCUCUGUAGUGCCUUGCGGUCGGAGGUCAAGCAGUUGCCAUACCAGGCGGUGAUGCAACCAGUCAGGAUGCUCUCAAUGGUGCAGCUGUAUAAUUUUUUGAGGAUCUAAGGACCCAUGCCAAAUCUUUUCAGUCUCCUGAGGGGGAAUAGGCUUUGUCGUGCCCUCUUCACGACUGUCUUGGUGUGUUUGGACCAUGAUAGUUCGUUGGUGAUGUGGACACCAAGGAACUUGAAGCUCUCAACCUGUUCCACUACAGCCCCGUCGAUGAGAAUGGGGGCGUGCUCAGUCCUCUUUUUUUUCCUGUAGUCCACAAUCACCUCCUUUUGUCUUGGUCACGUUGAGGGAGAGGUUGUUAUCCUGGCACCACACGGCCAGGUCUCUGACCUCCUCCCUAUAGGCUGUCUCAUCGUUGUCGGUGAUCAGGCCUACCACUGUUGUGUCGUCGGCAAACUUAAUGAUGGUGUUGGAGUCGUGCCUGGCCAUGCAGUCAUGGGUGAACAGGGAGUACAGGAGGGGACUGAGCACGCACCCCUGAGGGGCCCCCGUGUUGAGGAUCAGUGUGGCAGAUGUGUUGUUACCUACCCUUACCACCUGGGGGCGGCCCAUCAGGAAGUCCAGGAUCCAGUUGCAGAGGGAGGUGUUUAGUCCCAGGAUCCUUAGCUUAGUGAUGAGCUUUGAGGGCACUAUGGUGUUGAAUGCUGAGCUGUAGUCAAUGAAUAGCAUUCUCACGUAGGUGUUCCUCUUGUCCAGGUGGGAAAGGGCAGUGUGGAGUGCAAUAGAGAUUGCAUCAUCUGUGGAUCUGUUGGGGCGGUAUGCAAAUUGGAGUGGGUCUAGGGUUUCUGGGAUAAUGGUGUCGAUGUGAGCCAUGACCAGCCUUUCAAAGCACUUCAUGGCUACAGACGUCAGUGCUACGGGUCGGUAGUCAUUUGAAACAUGUUGGUAUUACAGACUCAGUCAGGGACAUGUUAAAAAUGUCAGUGAAGACACUUGCCAGUUGGUCAGCACAUGCUCAGAGUACACGUCCUGGUAAUCCGUCUGGCCCUGCGGCCUUGUGAAUGUUGACCUGCUUAAAAGUCUUACUCACAUCGGCUACAGAGAGCAUGAUCACAUAGUCAUCCGGAACAGCUGGUGCUCUCAUGCAUGCUUCAGUGUUGCUUGCCUCGAAGCGAGCAUAGAAGUGGUUUAGCUCGUCUGGAAGUCUUGUGUCACUGGGCAGCUUGCGGCUGUGCUUCCCUUUGUAGUCUGUAAUAGUUUUCAAGCCCUGCCACAUCUGACGAGCGUCAGAGCCGGUGUAGUACGAUUCAAUCUUAGUCCUGUAUUGACUAUUUGCCUGUUUGAUGGUUCGUCGGAGGGCAUAGCGGGAUUUCUUAUAAGCGUCCGGAUUAGAGUCCCGCUUCUUGAAAGCGGCAGCUCUACCCUUUAGCUCAGUGCGGAUGUUUCCUGUAAUCCAUGGCUUCUGGUUGGGGUAUGUACGUACGGUCACUGUGGGGACGACAUCAUCGAUGCACUUAUUGAUGAAGCCAGUGACUGAUGUGGUGUACUCCUCAAUGCUAUCUGAAGAAUCCCGGAACAUGUUCCAGUCUGUGCUAGCAAAACAGUCCUGUAGCUUAGCAUCUGCGUCAUCUGACCACUUUUUUAUUAACCGAGUCACUGGUGCUUCCUGCUUUAGUUUUUGCUUAUAAGCAGGAAUCAGGAGGAUAGAGUUAUGGUCAGAUUUGCCAAAUUGAGGGCGAGGGAGAGCUUUGUAUGCGUCUCUGUGUGUGGAGAAAAGGUGGUCUAGAGUAUUUUUUUCCUCUGGUUGCACAUUUAACAUGCUGGUAGAAAUUAGGUAGAACGGAUUUAAGUUUCCCUGCAUUAAAAUCCCCGGCCACUAGGAGCGCUGCCUCUGGAUGAGCGUUUUCCUGUUGACUUAUGGCCUUAUACAGCUCAUUCAGUGCAAUCUUAAUGCCAGCAUUGGUUUGUGGUGGUAAAUAGACAGCUAUGAAAAAUAUAGAUGAAAACUCUCUUGGUAAAUAGUGUGGUCUACAGCUUAUCAUAAGAUACUCUACCUCAGGCGAGCAAAACCUUGAGACUUCCUUAGUAUUUUAUUUUGUGAACCAGCUGUUGUUUACAAAUAUACACAGACCGCCACCCCUUGUCUUACCGGAGUCAGCCGUUCUAUCCUGCCGAUGUAGCGUAUAGCCCGCUAGCUGUAUUUUGUCCAUGUCGUCGUUCAGCCACGACUCGGUGAAACAUAAGAUAUUACAGUUUUUAAUGUCCCGUUGGUAGGAUAACCGUAAUCUUAGGUCAUCCAAUUUAUUCUCAAAUGAUUGAAGAUUGGCUAAUAGGAUUGAUGGGAGCGGCAGUUUACUCGCUCGCCGUCGGUUCCUUACAAGGCACCCCGACCUACGUCCACGAUAUCUCUGUCUCUUCCUCAUGCGAAUGACGGGGAUUUGGGCCUUGUCGGGUGUCUGUAGGAUAUCCUUUGCGGCCGCCUCGUUGAAGAAAAAAUCUUCGUCCAAUACGAGGUGAGUAAUCGCUGUCCUGAUAUCCAGAAGCUCGUUUUGGUUAUAAGAGACGAUGGCAGAAACAUUAUGUACAAAAUUAAUUACAAAUAACGCGGAAAAACACACAUAAUAGUACAAUUGGUUAGAGUGCUGUAAAACGGCAGCCAUCUUCUCCGGCGCCAUUAUGAUGUUUGGGAUGAGUUCGACUGCAGAGUGAAGGAAAAGCAGCCAACAAGUGCUCAGCAUAUGUGGGAACUUCUUCAGGACUGUUGGAGAAGCAUUCCCCAUGAAGCUGGUUGAGAGAAUGCCAAGAGUGUGCAAAGAUGUCAUCAAGGCAAAGGGUGGCUACUUUGAAGAAUCUCAAAUAUAAAAUAUGUUUUGAUUUGUUUAACACUUGUUUGGUUACUACAUGAUUACAUAUGUGUUAUUUCAUAGUUUUGAUGUCUUCACUAUUAUUAUACUAUGUAGAAAAUAGUAAAAAUAAAGAAAAACCCUGGAAUGAGUUGGUGUGUCCAAUCUUCUGACUGGUACUGUACAUGCCUAUCAAAACUGCAAUGCUGUUCCCAAUGCAGUAAAGACAUCCAAACACAGCAGGACUGAAUUGUCAAGUUGUACAGUUGAAGUCGGAAGUUUACAUACACUUAGGUUGGAGUCAUUAAAACUCGUUUUUCAACCACUCCACAAAUGUCUUGUUAACAAACUAUAGUUUUGGCAAGUCGGUUAGGACAACUACUUUGUGCAUGACACAAGUAAUUUUUCCAACAAUUGUUUACAGACAGAUUAUUUCACUUAUAAUUCACUGUAUCACAAUUCCAGUGGGUCAGAAGUUUACAUACAGUAAGUUGACUAAGUGCCUUUAACCUCUUAAGGCCCAAGCUGUUUUUUUACAUGCAUUUUUUAUUUCUCUUUGCUAUUUGGGCUUAUUGGAACCUAAUUAGAAUAAAAACUAAGUAUCAUCUUUUGAUAUGAUGUACUUUUAGAGAAAAAUGAUGUCCACAUAUGUGGAUUCAUGGUCCGAAUUGUAUUAGGCUAACAUUUUCAACACAACUAAUUUAAGUAUGUAUGUAUGUAUUUAGUGAUUUAAUUGUUAUUUAUUUCAUUGGGACCAUGUACAGCUUUUUAGCUGCAUCAGAGCUAGCUUUUUUCCCAUUUUACGUGUGUGCAUGUUUACAAGCAUAUUAGCUGUUUCGAGGAGCCUCAGUCCAUAAGUACACUUACUGGUACUUCAUGUUUAGCGACCUACAAAAGUGGCUAGUUUUACACUUUUUUUUUCCAAAUUUGCCAUGUCAUCGACAAAAUAUACAGGCUUGUUAUAAAUAUCUAAAAUCAGAAUAAGCCAUGAAAUAUGACAGAACUCUUACCACAAUUGUGGACAUAAGAGGCUAAAAAGUGCUGUCCACGUAUGUGACCACUAAGCCCUAGGAGGUUAAACAGCUUGGAAAAUUCCAGAAAAUUAUGUCAUGGCUUUAGAAGCUUCAUAUAGGCUAAUUGACAUCAUUUGAGUCAAUUGGAGGUGUACCUUCAAACUCAGUGCCUCUUUGCUUGACAUCAUGGGAAAAUCAAAAGAAAUCAGCCAAGACCUCAGAAAAAAAAUGGUAGACCUCCACAAGUCUGGUUCAUCCUUGGUAGCAAUUUCCUAAAGCCUGAAGGUACCACGUUCAUCUGUACAUAUAAUAGUAUACAAGUAUAAACACCAUGGGACCACGCAGCCAUCAUACCGCUCAGGAAGGAGACGCGUUCUGUCUCCUAGAGAUGAACGUACUUUGGUGCGAAAAGUGCAAAUCAAUCCCAGAACAACAGCAAAGGACCUUGUGAAGAUGCGAGAGGAAACAGGUACCAAAGUGUCUAUAUUCACAGUAAAACUAGUCCUAUAUCGACAUAACCUGAAAGGCCGCUCAGCAAGGAAGAAGCCACUGCUCCAAAACCGCCAUAAAAAAAACUGAAUACAGUUUGCAACUGCACAUGGGGACAAAUAUCGUACUUUUUGGAGAAAUGUCCUCUGGUCUGAUGAAACAGAAAUAUAACUGUUUGGCCAUAAUGACCAUCGUUAUGUUUGGAGGAAAAAGGGGGAACGCUUGCAAGCAGAAGAACACCAUCCCAACCGUGAAGCACGGGGGUGGCAGCAUCAUGCUGUGGGGGUGCUUUGCUGCAGGAGGGACUGGUGCACUUCACAAAAUAGAUGGCAUCUUGAGGAAGGAAAAUUAUGUGGAUAUAUUGAAGCAACAUCUCAAGACAUCUGUCAGGAAGUUAAAGCUUGUUCACAAAUGGGUCUUCCAAAUGGACAAUGACCCCAAGCAUACUUCCAAAGUUGUGGCAAAAUGGCUUAAGGACAACAAAGUCAAGGUAUUGGAGUGGCCAUCACGAAGCCCUGACCUCAAUCCUAUAGAAAAUAUGUGGGCAGAACUGAAAAAGCGUGUGCGAGCAAGGAGGCCUACAAACUUGACUCAGUUACACCAGCUCUGUCAUGAGGAAUGGGCCAAAAUUCACCCAACGUAUUGUGGGAAGCUUGUGGAAGGCUACCCAAAAUGUUUGACCCAAGUUAAACAAUUUAAAGGCAAUGCUACCAAAUACUAAUUGAGUGUAUGUUAACUUCUGACCCACUGGGAAUGUGAUGAAAUAAAUAAAAGCUGAAAGAAAUCAUUCUCUCUACUAUUAUUCUGACAUUUCACAUUCUUAAAAUAAAGUGGUGAUCCUAACUGACCUAAGACAGGGAAUUUUUACUAGGAUUGUGAAAAACUGAGUUUAGAUGUAUUUGGCUAAGGUGUAUGUAAACUUCCGACUUCAACUGGAUAUACCACUCUGCAGCUUGAACUGGAGAUGACUUAGUUCUGGUUCUCCUGUAGGUAACCACUACUAUUACCUGCCCUGGGCUGACACCAAACCUGUUGUCAUCCUCACGUCCUUCUGGGAAGACAUCAGUCACAGAUUGGAUUCAGUCAACAUCAUCCUCUGCAUCGCAGAUAGACUGGUGAGAAACACUUUCAACAAAUUGAUCAACCUAUCAAUCAAUCAACAAAUCAUAGGACAAUUCUCAGUUGUUGCAACUUUGUUAUUUUGGUCUGGUGUCAUUUCUUCCAGGAAUCCAACCUUACGUCUUUGAGAACAGCCAUCCUUGCCAAAGCCUCAGAGGCACGCUUGGCUGAGAUCUGGCUCAAACUCAUAAACCACAUUAUUGAGGACCUGAGCAGGUAAGACAUUCAUUGAUCCUAUCUCAGCUUAUGAUAGUUUCUUGCUAGGUUCUGUUUGCUUCCUUCUAACUUAUCUUAGCUUCACACUAGCAUCAGAUCGCUUCAUGAUAUGUUCUGAUAGCUUAAUGCUAGUUGUGAUAAUUUUAUGCUAGGUUCUGGUAGCUUUGUGCAUGGUUAUGAUAGAUUCACCCUAGCUUCUCAUAACGUCACACUAGCAUCUGAUAGCUUCAUGCUAGGUUCUGAUAGCUUCACCCUAGUUUCACAUUUGUUAGUUCAUGCUACGUUGUAAUAGCUUCAUGUGAGGUUGUGAUAGUUUCAUGCUAGGUUCUGAUAGCUUCGUGCUAGGUUCUGAUAGCUUCAUGCUAGGUUCUUAUAGUGUCAUAUAGGUUCUUAUCGCUUCAAAGCUUCUGAUAGCUUUCAGGUUCCAGAGCUUGAGGGCAGGCCCAACCUGACGGCGCUGGACGUCCAGAUUAAGAAGCUGCGUGACUCGGCAGUGGCCAGCAUCAGAGAGAUGGCCAAACGCAUGAAGGAGGAGGCCACCGAUGUUAUGGCCACUAUGACAGACAUCGAGGACUGGCUGGAGAGACUGAAACAGCUUGCAGAGGAGGUCAGGAGCAACAAGACAUUGACAUUCUCACUACAUUCAGGGUUCAAUAGCACAUUGAUUAUUGGAAUGUACUUAAAUGUAAGGGUGUGCUCUUAUUUUGAGGGUGCCAUGACUUGUUAUGGGAGUGCCAAGCCCACUCAAUUUGAACCCUGAGCACACGUACCAGAAUUGUCUCUCUCUCUCUACUACUGUCAGCGGAAAACUCUCUCUCUCUUGCUCUUUCUCAUUCUUCCUCUCUCAUACCUGUCUUUCGCUCUCCCCUCAGCCCCAGAACAGUAUGCCUGACGUGGUGAUCUGGAUGCUGCGUGGAGAGAGGAGGGUGGCGUAUGCCCGCCUCCCAGCCAAUCAGAUCCUCUACUCCACCUACAGUGAGCAGGCCUGUGGGAAAUACUGUGGCAGGACCCAGACCAUCUUCAUGCAGGUACUAGGAUGGAGAACAGACUAGUAGUAGUAAGUAGUAAGUAGUAGUAGUAGUAGUAGUAGUAGUAGCAGUAGCAGUAGCAGUAGCAGUAGCAGUAGCAGUAGUAGUAGUAGUAGUAGUAGUAGUAGUAGUAGUAGUAGUAGUAGUAGCAGUAGUAGUAGUAGUAGCAGUAGUAGUAGUAGUAGUAGAAGAAGAAUACUACAGCAGGACCAAUACUGAUCAUGCUACUACUAUUAUCACUAGUAUUAGUGAUAGUAGUAGUGGUAUAAUUAAGCAUGGCCACGGCUAAGGGCUGUAUCCAAGCACCCCGUGUUGCGUCGUGCUAAAGAACAGCCCUUAGUUGUGGUAUAUUGACCAUAUAGCAUACCCCCUCAGGCCUUAUUGCUUAAGUAUAGUACAGGGGUCGGCAACAGGUGUCCCGCGGGCCAAAACCAGCCCGCAAGUGAUUUUUUUUGCCCCCCCUCAACGUUUUUAAUGAAAAAAAUAUAUAUAUAAAAUAAUUACGGAUUUUAGUUUUUUGCAACAAAAAAAAGAAUGUAAAAUCACCAGGAAUUCAGCAAAAAAUUUGUUUAAUUUAGGUAUUCUGUACCCAAGUAUUCCCAUGAAUAAAAAAAGAAACGUGAUCAUGUCUCAAUGUAAUCAAGGUAUGAAAUAAUUAUUUUCAAAUACAAUCUCUUUUUGGAAUUAGUUGUGGUCAAUUUCCCGACCAUCCAAUCCGACAAAAAUCGUCCCGCUGCUGAAUCUAAUUGCCUACCUCUGGUAUAGUGGUAUGAUAAUAGUACGGGAAUACUGCAGCAGGACCAAGACAGUCUUCAUGCAGUUACUGAGGUGUACAGAGAGUUAAAACUGAUGCCACAGACAUUGUUAGUGGAUAUUGAAGCGAAACUGGUUGAAAUGACAUCAUUAUAAUCAGAAACUGAUUUUCCUCAGUUUUGUCUGCUGGGUAGAGGCUCAUAAUCAGUUUUGUGUCCAAUGACAAUGUCUGGCAGGGGGCGAAGAGAGGAAGAGUCCAGGGAGCGUAUCUGUUUGAACGCAGGUGCAUUGGUUUAAACCUCAGAUAUGGCAUAAACAUUCAGAGAUAACAUGCAGUUUGCUACUUGUCGUUUUCAUAGGUGAUGUACAGUAGGGUUGGAUGGUAUACCAUAUAUACUGUAUACCAGUGUAUUUCGGUAUGAUGUUCAAUACCGUCAAUAUCGUUGAAACAUUAGCCGGUUAGCUAAAGGUAGCUAACGCAGAUUAGUGCUAGAUAUGGAAAUCUGGAUACCGCUCAACCCUAAUGUAUAGUAUUUUGUUUUGUUGUAUGUUCGUUUCGGCCAGUACCCCAUGGACAAAAACAAAGGCGUGAAGAUCCCUGUCCAGCUCCGUGUCAACAUGUGGCUGGGGCUCUCUGCCCACGUGAAGAAGUUCAACAGCUUCUCAGAGGGAACCUUCAGCGUGUUCGCAGAAAUGGUGUUAUUAUUAUAAUUAUUCACAAUGCCUUGUUUUACAGUCCUAAAGCUGGUAUUUUACUUGGUCUUUACUAUGCUGACAAAUCUCUUUUCUCUCACCCCCUCGUUCUCCCUCUCCCCCCUCAGUAUGAGAACCAGGCCCAGGUUUUUGGGAAGUGGGGCACCACAGGGUUGGUGUGCCGGCAUAAGUUCUCUGACGUGACGGGGAAGGUGAAGCUGAAACAGGAGCGCUUCAUGCCCCCCAGGGCGUGGGAGUGGGAAGGCGAGUGGUUUGUCGACCCCGAGAAAUGGUGAGCGUGUUGGCUGUUAGCAUGCUUAAACACACACAAGCAUAAAUGUAUGCUGCGCACACACACACACUCAUACUCACUCAUACUUAUACUCACAUCCACACACACACACACACUCACUCAGACUCACUCACACACACAAAUAGUCAUACACACAUACACACACACAGAAGUUUGUGGACCCUGAUAGAUGGUGAGCGGGAGAUCUCUAGCCCUAUAAAUAAUUGAAUUUGAGUAGAAACUUCCUGUUGUAAUUGUUUGUUUUCAGUAGUUUACAUUUCAGUUGGACUACCCACCCACACAAAUCUAGCUUGGUCUGGCAUUGUCUGUGGUUGUGGUUGGGGAAUCUUUCUCUUUCCGUCUCUAUACAGUGAGGGAAAAAAGUAUUUGAUCACCUGCUGAUUUUGUACGUUUGCCCACUGACAAAGAAAUGAUCAGUCUAUAAUUUUAAUGGUAGGUUUAUUUGAACAGCGAGAGACAGAAUAACAACAAAAAAGUCCAGAAAAAUGCAUGUCAAAAAUGUUAUAAAUUGAUUUGCAUUUUAAUGAGGGAAAUAAGUAUUUGACCCCUCUGCAAAACAUUACUUAGUACUUGGUGGCAAAACCCUUGUUGGCAAUCACAGAGGUCAGACGUUUCUUGUAGUUGGCCACCAGGUUUGCACACAUCCCAGGAGGGAUUUUGUCCCACUUCUCUUUGCAGAUCUUCUCCAAGUCAUUAAGGUUUCGAGGCUGACGUUUGGCAACUCGAACCUUCAGCUCCCUCCACAGAUUUUCUAUGGGAUUAAGGUCUGGAGACUGGCUAAGCCACUCCAGGACCUUAAUGUGCUUCUUCUUGAGCCACUCCUUUGUUGCCCUGGCUGUGUGUUUUGGGUCAUUGUCAAUCUGGAAUACCCAUCCACAACCCAUUUUCAAUGCCCUGGCUGAGGUUCUCACCCAAGAUUUGACGGUACAUGGCCCCGUCCAUCGUCCCUUUGAUGCAGUGAAGUUGUCCUGUCCCCUUAGCAGAAAAACACCCCCAAAGCAUAAUGUUUCCACCUCCAUGUUUGACGGUGGGGAUGGUGUUCUUGGGGUCAUAGGCAGCAUUCCUCCUCCUCCAAACACGGCGAGUUGAGUUGAUGCCAAAGAGCUCGAUUUUGGUCUCAUCUGACCACAACACUUUCACCCAGUUCUCCUCUGAAUCAUUCAGAUGUUCAUUGGCAAACUUCAGACGGGCCUGUAUAUAUGCUUUCUUGAGCAGGGGGACCUUGCGGGCGCUGCAGGAUUUCAGUCCUUCACGGCGUAGUGUGUUACCAAUUGUUUUCUUGGUGACUAUGGUCCCAGCUGCCUUGAGAUCAUUGACAAGAUCCUCCCGUGUAGUUCUGGGCUGAUUCCUCACCGUUCUCAUGAUCAUUGCAACUCCACGAGGUGAGAUCUUGCAUGGAGCCCCAGGCCGAGGGAGAUUGACAGUUCUUUUGUGUUUCUUCCAUUUGCGAAUAAUCGCACCAACUGUUGUCACCUUCUCACCAAGCUGUUUGGCGAUGGUCUUGUAGCCCAUUCCAGCCUUGUGUAGGUCUACAAUCUUGUCCCUGACAUCCUUGGAGAGCUCUUUGGUCUUGGCCAUGGUGGAGAGUUUGGAAUCUGAUUGAUUGCUUCUGUGGACAGGUGUCUUUUAUACAGGUAACAAACUGAGAUUAGGAGCACUUUAAGAGUGUGCUCCUAAUCUCAGCUCGUUACCUGUAUAAAAGACACCUGGGAGCCAGAAAUCUUUCUGAUUGAGAGGGGGUCAAAUACUUAUUUCCCUCAUUAAAAUGCAAAUCAAUUUAUAACAUUUUUUACAUGUGUUUUUCUGGAUUUAUUUGUUGUUGUUCUGUCUCUCACUGUUCAAAUUAUCCUACCAUUAAAAUUAUAGACUGAUCAUUUCUUUGUCAGUGGGCAAACAUACAAAAUCAGCAGGGGAUCAAAUACUUUUUUCCCUCACUGUAGAUGUGCAGGGAGUCAUAGUACUGUGAGUACUCAGUACACAGUUCCACUUCCACCUCAUCCACUCCACCUAAAUCCUCAUUGUUUGGCUCUGAGUCAGAAGUGCACAACACCAGCCCCCUCAUAGAAACACUUCCCCAGACACAGUUACCUCAUUUAUUUGGUUGAUUUGACCUUUUUCAAGACAUUUAUUCAGUGGUUCAGUAAUCCUACCUUCUUUCCACUAGAGGUUAACAUUCCUGGUCUAAGCUCUAGCUGCCAGUACUCGAUAGGUUAUUGGGAUCAAGCCCGCUAUUUGUGAUGUGUGUUUGGUUUUACUAUCCUUGUGGAGACCAGAAGUCCUCACAGGGAUCGUAAAACCAGGAACAUUUUGACAAGUGGGGACAUUUCGCUGGUCCCCACAAGGAAAAUUGUUAUUUUAGGCUUAGGGGUUAGGUUUAGGGUUAGGGUUACAAUUAGGGUUAGGAUUAGAGUUAGGGAUUAGGUUUAUGAGUUAGGGUUAGGGUUUGUGGUGAGGGUUAGGGUUAGGGUGAGGUUAAGGGUUAGUGUUAGGGGUUAAGGAAAAAAUGAUUUUGAAUGGGAAUCAAUUAUUUGGUCCCCACAAGGAUAGUAAAACAAACGUGUGUCUGUGUGAUUCAGCCUGCUAACAGAGGCAGACGCGGGGCACACAGAGUUCACAGACGAGGUCUUCCAGAGCGAGACACGUUUCAUUGGUGGGGAGUGGAAGCCUGCUGCCGAGCCCUUCACAGACGUGGUGAGACAGAGCAACACAGACACACACACACACACACACACACACACACUAUUGCUAGAGACAACCCUGUCGCCUGUACUCAGACCCCUCUAUCUACAAGAGGGAAUAAAUAUGUAACAUUGAGAAGUUAACCUGAGACCCGUCAGUGUCACAUUAAUUCUCACUUCACGACGAGAUUGUAUGUUCUCUAUUUCUUACAAAAAGAGGGCAACGAAACUGAAGCCAUUUAGUCUGUUUCCUAUGCAAUUUGAUCUCCUAGACUACGUAGGGACAUGUGCUCUUCCCUGGAUUCAUUUUAUGCACAUAUCACUCACUGUCAGCCACAUAGAAGUCAUGUUUGUCUAGUGUAUGUUUCCCUUGUCAAGAGAGCUGCAUAUAGCCUGGGUACCAUUCCACUUUUUGCCUCUACUUGUCAUGCCAAGAAUGGUAGAUACAAAUAAAUACAAGUUGUUUCUUAAUAACAGUAUUUAUAGUUGUUCUUAAAAUUCUAGUUUUUUAUUGCGCACGCGCCAUUUUCCUUAACGUUGUCAUGGAAUUGGAAAACACUAAUGGUAUUUCUAACAACCAAUCAGCUGCAUAUUGAACGUUGAGACUGCCAAAUGUCCAGACUGUUUGGCAUAUGACACGGAGUACAAGGAGUGAAAACAGGUCUGGAUUUCAGGAUAAGCUAGGUAGCCUUGAUGUUUUCAAACUGUGAUGCUUAUUGUUUUGAUGUUGGGGAGUUUACACAGCCAGCUACCUUUUACCACAAUGGUGCUUGUUUCAAUGAAUCCCCCAAAAUACACAGGCUUAGUUAAAUACUUGCUAGCAGACUAGAAACCAAUGUGAAUCAAUCCCUCCCCAAACAGAAUACCCAGAGGGGAAAAUAGAGUGCUACUUCACUACUUUUAUAAACAGUGUCUCUGUAUUGUUUUGAUGUUGUAUGUGGUAUCACAUGUUGUUAUACAGCCAUUGUGUAAUGUUGGAAGUGACUGACUGUGACUGUUCUGUGUAGAAUGGGCAGAAGAGCCAGAGUCCAGGGGAGAUAGAGUGUCCUGCUGGCUGGAAGUGGGAGGAUGACUGGAGCUUCGACAGUAACAGGGCUGUGGAUGAGAAAGGUAAAGAAGCACUGGAAUUAUUCCCCUUCAUAUCCAUAACCCAGAUGCUAACACUCAGUUUGAUUUUAUAGUGUACUGUUGUAUACUUGUUUCAAUCAAACAAUCAAUCUUGUUUAAGGAUUGUAUUAUUAUGUGUAGAACAAUAUGGCACUGUAUUGUAUACAAUCUCAUUGAUACACCUCUUCUGUACUGUAUUUGGACUCAUAUUUUGACUUUACCUAUUAUAACCAAUGUGAUACUACAGUAUAAAGCUGAAUGUCCUCUGAAUCUGUAUACCGUUUGUUACUGUGUGUGUUGUGUACCAGGUUGGGAGUAUGGCAUCACCAUUCCCCCUGAUGACAAGCCCAAGUCCUGGGGAGCAGCGGAGAAGAUGUACCACAUCCACCGCAGGAAGAGACUCUUACGACCACGCAGGAAAAUAGCAGACACUAAAGCAGCACCUGAGGUGAGAGGAGGAGGAAGAGGAGAAGGGGAGGGAGGAGGAGAAGGAAGAAGAAGAGGAGGAGGAGAAGUGGAGGGAGGAGGAGGAGGAAGGGGAGGAGGAGAAGGAAGAGGAGGAGGAGGGGAGGAGGGGGAGGAGAAGGAAGAGGCGGAGAAGGGGAAGGGGGAAGGGGGAAGAGGAGGAGAAGGGGAAGGAGGAAGGAGGAGGAGGAGGAGGGGAAGGAAGAGGUUAUAGAAGAAGAGAGGAGGAAAAUGUUUAGUGAGUGGAAGUGUGUGUGUGUGUGUGUGUGUGUGUAUGUAUGUGUGUCAAUUUCAGGUGCUAAAGUUCUAGUUCUUACACACUGUCCACUGCCUCUCCGUUGAUUCCACAGAGGCAGGAUCCCGGCGAAGGCUGGGAAUACUCGUCCUUGAUUGGCUGGAAGUUCCACAGGAAGGAGCGUUCGUCUGACACAUUCCGCCGUCGCCGCUGGAGACGGAAGAUGGCUCCGUCAGACGGUAUGGGAGCGUCAGCCAUCUUCAGACUGGAGGGGGCGCUGGUUAGUAACCUCUUCUGAGUUCAAAAACAAUUGACCACACAGGAAGGCUAGACUUAAACUAGACUCUCAUACCACACAAAGUACAUCAAAAGUGCUUCAUUUUACAAAUGUUGAUUGUUCACGCGCAGAAGAUUGACUAUCAGUCAUCCAUUUUACAAUCUCCCAGCUGUGUGACUAGGUUGUGGAGAUAAAUAAUGUACUACUUUAGCUACAAAGGCUUUGGGAAACCCAGUCCAUGUUAAUAAAAUGGGAUUUGGCCAAGUGCCUUAUAAUGUGUUAUCUUGAUUAUAAUAUCCUCUCAUUAUUCUCCUCCAUCUGCCCCUUCCUGCCCAGUGAUCCUGGUUGGCACAGCACUCAAAAGGCACAGAUUAAACAGGAGUUGACUCAUGCCCUAUUUAUUUAUCCACAGUGUUGUGCUAUUUGUGCUGCUGUACCAUCAUGGGCCCUAUCCAGAAACAAACCUUAACCCCUAGUCCACUUCUGGAGAUUCAAGAGGAUUGGAUAGAUUUAAGCAAUAUCGUUAUAGCUCCAGCGGGCCCUCUAUAGGGGUCCAAUAAUCUAAAAUCUUCUAUGUGUCUAGGGGGUAGGGUCUAGGGUUUCUUUUUCUGGACAGGGCCAUGGUUGUGUUGGUUGUGUUAUUAUGUCCUGAUGUCAUGUCAUGAUGAGCUUGUAAUCAAUGCAAAUAUUUUCAUAAUGCAUGAUCAAGAUAAAGUCAUAACUAUAAAAUAAAGACAAAUGUAUUCUACUUUCACCACUCUGGAAUUACCCAUCUCUCUAAUGAAGGCCUUUCUAGUCCUGUUCUGAAGUGGUCUCUGUCUCUCUGGCUGCGUUUACACAGGCAGCCCAAUUCUGAUAUUUUUCCCACUUAUUGGCAAAAGAGCUAAUCUGAUUGGUCAAAAGACCAAUUAGUGGAAAAAGAUCAGACUGUGUAAACACAGCUUCUGUGUUUUGUCUAUAGGGGGUAGAUGUUGAUGAGAAGGCCAGUAAGAAGGAUGCAGCCAGACUGUUUGGUGCCAACACACCCACCGUUUCCUGUCAUUUUGACAGUGAGUAACAUUGCAGGCACUGAUUAAGUGAUUAAGGCUGUGGCCACACAGAGAUAGAUGAAAGAGUAUGAAAAACACAUAUGCAUCGUUCACGGUCCGGUUUGUCCAUCAAAAAGCUAAACUAAUUUACACAUUUUGCAUAUGAGUUGCAUACUUAACAAGAUGGACAACAUCAGCGUUUCAUCUCCUUUGUUCGUGAAGGUAUGACUCCACUAGAAAAACCACUGGCCCAAAUGUUGUUGUUUUUCUACGGACAAUCUCUGUCUGGCCGCAGCCUAAAUGUUAAUUUCUCCUCAGAUUCCUCCACUCCACUGCCCUUCCUCUCAGGAAGUCUGGGCCCACACUUUUCAGAUUACAUUAAAUCACUAUCACUCUCUCCUCAGGGUCGUAUAUGUACCAUCUGAGGGUGUAUGUCUACCAGGCCAGGAAUCUCAUCGCCAUGGACAGGGACAGCUUCUCAGGUGAGGAACACCAUAAAAAAAUAUAUUAAAAAAAGUAGAUAAAUGGAUAGCUCACACAUUAAUUUUUGUAGCUUCUUUUCAACUUUCCAAGCGGGUUGUUAAAUCCAAACCAUUUGUUUGUUAGCUAGUUAUUGAGCACCGUCCACAAUCUCCUGGCUAGCACUUUUGAAGCAUUUAAGCAAUGCUAGUGGAAACAUACUGGUUUGUUUCCACUAGCAUUGCAUGGGGAAAGAGAGAGGUGGAGGUGGAAGCAUAUCCCGAUCCUCACAGCAGUUGUAAUGAACCACUAGCUGAUUAAAUCAGUUUUAUCAAUACAAUGACUGUGCUCUGGUCUCCUGGUUCAGAUCCCUACGCCCAUGUGUCCUUCCUCCAUGUGAGUAAGACCACGGAGGUCAUCAGGGCCACUCUGAACCCCAUUUGGGACCAGACCCUCAUCUUUAAUGACAUCGAGAUCUAUGGAGACCCCCAGACCAUUGCACACAACCCCCCCAACGUGGUGCUGGAGCUCUACGACAGUGACCAGGUGGUAUGUACCCUAUCCUACCCUCACUUACAGUGAGGGAAAAAAGUAUUUGAUCCCCUGCUGAUUUUGUACAUUUGCCCACUGAAAAGAAAUGAUCAGUCUAUAAUUUUAAUGGUAGGUUUAUUUGAACAGUGAGAGACAGAAUAACAACAAAGAAAUCCAGAAAAGCGCAUGUCAAAAAUGUUAUAAAUUGAUUUGCAUUUUAAUGAGGGAAAUAAGUAUUUGACCCUUCUGCAAAACAUGACUUAGUACAUGGUGGCAAAACCCUUGUUGGCAAUCACAGAGGUCAGACGUUUCUUGUAGUUGGCCACUAGGUUUGCACACAUCUCAGGAGGGAUUUUGUCCCACUCCUCUUUGCAGAUCUUCUCCAAGUCAUUAAGGUUUCGAGGCUGAUGUUUGGCAACUCGAACCUUCAGCUCCCUCCACAGAUUAUCUAUGGGAUUAAGGUCUGGAGACUGGCUAGGCCACUCCAGGACCUUAAUGUGCUUCUUCUUGAGCCACUCCUUUGUUGCCUUGGCUGUGUGUUUUGGGUCAUUGUCAUGCUGGAAUACCCAUCCAUGACCCAUUUUCAAUGCCCUGGCUGAGGGAAGGAGGUUCUCACCCAAGAUUUGACGGUACAUGGCCCCGUCCAUCGUCCCUUUGAUGCGGUGAAGUUGUCCUGUCCCCUUAGCAGAAAAACACAUAAUGUUUCCACCUCCAUGUUAGAUGGUGGGGAUGGUGUUCUUGGGGUCAUAGGCAGCAUUCCUCCUCCUCCAAACACGGCGAGUUGAGUUGAUGCCAAAGAGCUCGAUUUUGGUCUCAUCUGACCACAACACUUUCAUCCAGUUCUCCUUGGAAUCAUUCAGAUGUUCAUUGGCAAACUUGUAUACAGUCAUGGCCAAAAUUGUUGGCACCCCUGAAAUUUUUCCAGAAAAUGAAGUAUUUCUCACAGAAAAGUAUUGAAAUUACACAUGUUUUGCUAUGCACAUGUUUAUUUCCUUUGUGUGUAUUGGAAUAACACAAAAAAAACAGGAAAAAAGCAAAUUUGACAUAAUUUCACACAAAACUCAAAAAAUGGGCCGGACAAAAUGAUUGGCACCCUUAACUUAAUAUUUAGUUGCACACCCUUUGGAAAAAAUAACUGAAAUCAGUCGCUUCCUAUAACCAUCAAUAAGCUUCUUACACCUCUCACCCGGAAUUUUGGACCACUCUUCUUUUGCAAACUGCUCCAGGUCUCUCAUAUUGGAUGGGUGCCUUUUCCCAACAGCAAUUUUAAGAUCUCUCCACAGGUGUUCAAUGGGAUUAAGAUCUGGACUCAUUGCUGGCCACUUCAGAACUCUCCAGCACUUUGUUGCCAUCCAUUUCUGGGUGCUUUUUGAAGUAUGUUUGGGGUCAUUGUCCUGCUGGAAGACCCAUGAUCUCGGACGCAAACCCAGCUUUCUGACACUGGGCCCUACAUUGCGACCCAAAAUCCUUUGGUAAUCCUCAGAUUUCAUGAUGCCUUGCACACAGUCAAGGCACCCAGUGCCAGAGGCAGCAAAACAACCCCAAAACAUCUUUGAACCUCCACCAUAUUUGACUGUAGGUACUGUGUUCUUUUCUUUGAAGGCUUCAUUACAUUUUCGGUAAACAGUAGAACGAUGUGCUUUACCAAAAAGCUCUAUCUUGGUCUCAUCUGUCCAUAAGACGUUCUCCCAGAAGGAAUUUGGCUUACUCAUGUACAUUUUGGCAAACUGUAGUCUUGCUUUUUUAUGUCUCUGUGUCAGCAGUGGGGUCCUCCUGGGUCUCCUGCCAUAGCGUUUCAUUUCAUUCAAAUUUCGACGUAUAGUUCGCGCUGACACUGAUGCACCCUGAGCCUGCAGGACAGCUUGAAUUUCUUUGGAACUUGUUUGGGGCUGCUUAUCCACCAUCCGGACUAUCCUGCGUUGCAACCUUUCAUCAAUUUUUCUCUUCCGUCCACGUCCAGGGAGAUUAGCUACAGUGCCAUGGGUUGCAAACUUCUUGAUCAUGUUGCGCACUGUGGACAAAAGAACAUCUAGAUCUCUGGAGAUGGACUUGUAACCUUGAGAUUGUUGAUAUUUUUCCACAAUUUUGGUUCUCAAGUCCUCAGACAGUUCUCUUUUCCUCUUUCUGUUCUCCAUGCUUAGUGUGGCACACACAGAAACACAAUGCAAAGACUGAGUCAACUUCUCUCCUUUUUAUCUGCUUUCAGGUGUGAUUUUUAGAUUGCCCACACCUGUUACUUGCCCCAGGUGAGUUUAAAGGAGCAUCACAUGCUUGGAACAAACUUAUUUAUCCACAAUUUUGAAAGGGUGCCAAUAACUUUGUCCGGCCCAUUUUUUUAGUUUUGUGUGAAAUUAUGUCAAAUUUGCUUUUUUCCUGUUUUUUUUUUGUGUUAUUCCAAUACACACAAAGGAAAUAAACAUGUGCAUAGCAAAACAUGUGUAAUUUCAAUACUUUUCUGUGAGAAAUACUUCAUUUUCUUGAAAAAUUUCAGGGGUGCCAACAAUUUUGGCCAUGACUGUAUGUGCUUUCUUGAGCAGGGGGACCUUGCGAGCACUGCAGGAUUUCAGUCCUUCACGGCGUAGUGUGUUACCAAUUGUUUUCUUGGUGACUAUGGUCCCAGCUGCCUUGAGAUCAUUGACAAGAUCCUCCUGUGUAGUUCUGGGCUGAUUCCUCACCGUUUUCAUGAUCAUUGCAACUCCACGAGUUGAGAUCUUGCAUGGAGCCUCAGGCCGAGGGAGAUUGACAGUUCUUUUGUGUUUCUUCCAUUUGCGAAUAAUCGCACCAACUGUUGUCACCUUCUCACCAAGCUGCUUGGCGAUGGUCUUGUAGCCCAUUCCAGCCUUGUGUAAGUCUACAAUCUUGUCCCUGACAUCCUUGGAGAGCUCUUUGGUCUUGGCCAUGGUGGAGAGUUUGGAAUCUGAUUGAUUGAUUGCUUCUGUGGACAGGUGUCUUUUAUACAGGUAACAAGCUGAGAUUAGGAGCACUCCCUUUAAGAGUGUGCUCCUAAUCUCAGCUCGUUACCUGUAUAAAAGACACCUGGGAGCCAGAAAUCAUUCUAAUUGAGAGGGGGUCAAAUAUUUAUUUCCCUCAUUAAAAUGCAAAUCAAUUUAUAACAUUUUUGACAUGCGUUUUUCUGGAUUUUUUGUUGUUAUUCUGUCUCUCACUGUUCAAAUAAAACCUACCAUUAAAAUUAUAGACUAAUCAUUUCUUUGUCAGUGGGCAAAUGUACAAAAUCAGCAGGGGAUCAAAUACUUUUUUCCCUCACUGAACUCUACCAGUUGUAGUGUAUUAGCGACACUUAGUGGUGCAAUACCAGCCGAGCACUAUACAUACAUGUGAUACACUGAUGUACAUGUAGGUGGUCAAUGUGUGCGACCACCACUCAAGUACAUUUCAAUGAUUCCCGUGAGUCCGAGUCAAGUCAAUACAUUACACCCAUCAAUUUCCAUCCACUGCCUGUUCACCUGGACUUAUUCACCUGUGUCCUGUUAAGUCACAUCCAGCCCUGACUAUUUCGAUUGUGUCAUAUUGUAAGUUCAAGAAUAUUUCUGUCCCAUUGUUUUUGACUAGUGCAAGCAGUUGAUAGUUAUCUAGCUAUCUGUUAUUCUUUUAAGCGUGUAUCUCGGAAACAUCUUGGGUGAGUGCACUGUUGUAUUUAUCUUUUCCUUUACGGUUACUCUUGUACUAUUAGCUAGUUAUUUUUUAAGGUUUUACUUGGAAUUAUCUGGAUAUGUGGUUGUUUUACCUACUUUAGUUGAAUGCACUGAUUGUAAGUCGCUCUGAAAAAGAUUGUCUGCUAAAUGUACUAAAAUGUAAAUGUAGAUGCUACAUAUCCCUGUGCUGUGUCCGACUCUCAGGGUAAGGACGAGGCCAUGGGUCGCUGUAUGUGCCCACCUGUGGUGAAGCUGAACCCCGGCACGGCGGUCUCCCCCAAACUGCUGUGGUUCCCCGUCACCAAGAAAGGCCACAACGCUGGAGAGAUGCUGGUGGCUGCCGAGCUAUUGCUGAAAGACAAGGUAAAGUACUACCCAGCUAGCAAAUAACAUUAUGAGAACUGUAUGUUUCUUAGAGCUUGGUGAAAGCUUGGUUGUCCUAUGGUUAUUUUGCAUACAACCUUCCCACAACUUUCUGUGAAUGGUACAGGAUAGUUGCUUGGCUGUGGAACAUUCUCAGCAUAUUUAAGGAACCUGACAAAAAAACUUUAUUUUCUUGGUAUUUCAUUACUUUAACAGAACGUUUCCUAAAACUUAAAAGAUGGUUACAUUUAAUUAAAAUGUUGGUAAUGUUCUAGGUACAUUCUCCAACUGGUUUGACAUUGGGAAUGUUCUCAAAUAGUUCUGAGAACGUUAAGAAACAACGUUCUUCUGUGGGAAUUUCAGUACUUCUGCACAGGGGUUGGAACCACAAUUAUUUUCCAAUUGUUUCGUUCUGAACAGAACCAUUAUUUUUUUCCUUCCGUUCCACUGUUCCGACCAGCAAAAUAAAGUUCUGAACUGGUUUGAACCCCAAAAAAGUAACGGUUUAUAUUGUUCCUUUCUAAACCUCUGAAAUCUACAUUUUUGUACUUUUAGCUUGAUAUUAAAUUACUUCAGUAAUGGAUAGAGCAGCUUGCUAUGGAGCGGGCAAGCUAUGUACAUGCAUUGAACAGACGUGUAAGUGUAGUGUAGGGUGCGACAUGCGACUGAAAUUUUGCAGGUGAGGAGAGCACUGGGCAUGAAGCGCUGGGCAUCUUGUUGUUAUGACAUGUAUUAUCUAAAUUAGACCCAAAUAAUUAUUCCUAAGGAGCGGUUUCUAUGAAGGAACUGAUAAUGUCUGAACUUCAGAGAGUUGGCUUAACUAACGUUGGACCAGAGCUAGCCCUUGAUCAUGACUCUCAGUUCCAUUACAUUACACAUAAUGCCACUUAGAGUUUGAGAGCUAGACCAGAGCUAGCUAGCUAACAAAUUUGUGUGUGCAGAGCGGCACCAGAAUUAAAAUAAAAACAGGUCUUACCUUUUUGUAGUUAAUAAAUCCAAUAUGAAACAUGAUAAUUAUAGUAUAUUUAACUACAAUUGAAAAACACUGCAAUACGUUUCUUAGUAACAGUGAAGGCUUUGCAAAGGCUCUUUGUUGCGUUUUUUUGUGGGACUGCCCGGAAGGUAAAUUUUUUUUAGUUAUUUUAUGUUUUUCUGUUCUGUUCCCUGAACCGGUUCCAACCCCUGCUUCAGCAUAACGUUUCCUACAGGUUUCCUCAUGGUUCUAUUUAAAGUCAUGUUCUCAAAUUGUUCAGAGAACAUUAAGAAAACUUUCCAUAAAAGACACAAGAAAACUUUUGUAACAUUCGGAGAACGUUCUAAGAAUGUAUGUAAAAAACAUAUACAUUCCGUUUUCUCAGCAUCAACACACCUGAUCUUAAUGAGUACUUGUUUCCUUUUAAAUGGGGUCUGUUUAAAUAGACUAAAAUGAACAGCUUUGAAUGAGUAAAAAGAACAAUGGCAUGCCAUCCUGGUGGCGCAGGAGACUAACGCCAUGAAUAGAGAACAGAAGCUCAUAGGUUCAAAUCUCACUGAUGCUGUGCCACAAUACACAAAUUAAUGUGAUUGCAUGAUUAAUGCCUAAGCAAAUUCAUUGUCAUGUGUCCUAUCUGUGCUUAGAGUUCAAAUCAGUUAACCCAAUCUAAGCUAGCAGUUUUAUUAAGUCUCAGAAUGUUAUUUAAUUGCCUUCAAAUAAUCUAGAAUUCAAAUAAAAUAAAAUAAAAUUGUAUUUGCCACAUGCGCCGAAUACAACAGGUGUAGACAUUACAGUGAAAUGCUUACUUACAAGCCCUUAACCAAAAAUGCAGUUAAAAAAUAAAAUAAAAUAAAAAUAAGUGUUAAGUAAAAAAAAUUUAAGCAAAUAACUAAAGAGCAGCAGUAAAGUAAAAUAACAGUAGGGAGGCUAUAUACAGGGGGUACCGGUACAGAGUCAAUGUGAAAUAACAGUAGGGAGGCUAUAUACAGGGGGUACCGGUACAGAGUCAAUGUGAAAUAACAGUAGGGAGGCUAUAUACAGGGGGUACCGGUACAGAGUCAAUGUGCGGGGGCACCGGCUAAUAGAGGUAAUAUGUACAUGUGGGUAGAGUUAAAGUGACUAUGCAUAAAUAAUAAACAGAGUAGCAGCAGCGUAAAAGAGGGUGAUGGGGUGGGGUGGGGGGGCAGUGCAAAUAGUCUAGGUAGCAAUGAUUAGCUGUUCAGGAGUCUUAUGGCUUGGGGGUAGAAGCUGUUGAGAAGCCUUUUGGACCUAGACUUGGCGCUCCGGUACCGCUUGCCGCGCGGUAGCAGAGAGAACAGUCUAUGACUAGGAUGGCUGGAGUCUUUGACAAUUUUUAGGGCCUUCCUCUGACACCGCCUGGUAUAGAGGACCUGGAUGGCAGGAAGCUUGGCCCCAGUAAUGUACUGGGCCGUACGCACUAACCUCUGUAGUGUCUUGCGGUCGGAGGCCGAGCAGUUGCCAUACCAGGCGGUGAUGCAACCAGUCAGGAUGCUCUCGAUGGUGCAGCUGUAGAACUUUUUGAGGAUCUGAGGACCCAUGCCAAAUCUUUUCAGUCUCCUGAGGAGGAAUAGGCUUUGUCGUGCCCUCUUCACGACUGUCUUGGUGUGUUUGGACCAUGAUAGUUCGUUGGUGUUGUGGACACCAAGGAACUUGAAGCUCUCAACCUGUUCCACUACAGCCCGUCGAUGAGAAUGGGGGCGUGCUCAGUCCUCUUUUUUUUCCUGUAGUCCACAAUCAUCUCCUUUGUCUUGAUCACGUUGAGGGAGAGGUUGUUAUCCUGGCACCACACGGCCAGGUCUCUGACCUCCUCCCUAUAGGCUGUCUCAUCGUUGUCUGUGAUCAGGCCUACCACUGUUGUGUCGUCUGCAAACUUAAUGAUGGUGUUGGAGUCGUGCCUGGCCAUGCAGUCAUGGGUGAACAGGGAGUACAGGAGGGGACUGAGCACGCACCCCUGAGGGGCCCCCUUAUUGAGGAUCAGCGUGGCAGAUGUGUUGUUACCUACCCUUACCACCUGGGGGCGGCCCGUCAGGAAGUCCAGGAUCCAGUUGCAGAGGGAGGUGUUUAGUCCCAGGAUCCUUAGCUUAGUUAUGAGCUUUGAGGGCACUAUGGUGUUGAACGCCGAGCUGUAGUCAAUGAAUAGCAUUCUCACGUAGGUGUUCCAUUCUCAGAAAGUUUAGAAAACCUCCCAGGAACGUUUUCAGAGAACCAUAAUAAAACGUUCUCAGAACCUCCCUGCAAUUUAAAAAUUAGCGUUCCCAGAACAGGUGAAAUUUUCACUUACGUUCUCAGAACGUUUAAGAAACGUAUGGCUUUUUUUUCCCAAAACAAAUGGGGAAGCAAAAAUGUUCCCACAACUUCCAAUGAAGCAAAUAUGCUAGCUGGGUAGUGCCCAGUGUUGUUUCCAAAUGGUGACCAUUCAAGGUAAAAGUAGCUCCUAACCACAGAUCUAGGAUCAGAUUACUCUACCCCUAACCUCAAGCUCCAGGCAGGUGAAAAAUAUCUGUGUGUCAGUGGUUGGUGCAACUUCCACCAACUCCAGUCCAGGUCGAGUUACUGUAGAGCACUUUUUUUGUUUAAAAAAUCACGAUAUAAAAUACAUUUGAUUGAUUUAUUGAUGUGUAUUACUUUUAGGCCAAUGAGAGUGACUUGCCCCUGGUGCCCCCCAGACGAGGAGCGACGCUCUACAUGGUUCCCCAGGGAAUCAGGCCUGUCGUACAGCUUACCGCCAUCGAGGUGUGGCCUCAGGCAGCCUGCAACACCAUCACACGCACACUUGUGCAUGCAUGAACUCAUACACACACACACACACACACACACAGUCAUAUGUAUGCACACAUGACUGUAAGUCGCUUUGGAUAAAAGCGUCUGCUAAAUGGCAUAUUAUAUUAUUAUUAUUAUCAUACACAUGAACACGCACACACGCAAGCACACAUGCACACACACACAUUCUCCUCUGUGUUUCUCUUUCUCACAAUCUCACACGUUUCUGUGUGUGAGCGUGUGUGCAUACAUGCACACUCGUGCUUGUGUGUGUGUGCGGUGUGUGUGUGUUGUGUCCUAGAUCUUAGCCUGGGGUCUGAGGAACAUGAAGACCUACCAGUUGGCCACGGUCACCUCUCCCAGUCUCAUAGUGGAGUGUGGGGGGGAGGUCGUUCAGACGGCCGUCAUCAAGAACAUCAAGAAGAACCCCAACUUCCCCGGAUCUGUCCUCUUCUUUAAAGUGGUACUGCAACUUCCCUUCAAACUCCGUGUACUGUAUAACACUUCUCUUAAUAUAUACUAUUAAUAUCAAGGACUGGAAGGAAAAGAAAAAUGCUCUCUCCGUAAACAAAGUGACUGAUUCGCGAAAGGUGAAACAGCACCACUGGUCGACCAGCAGGAGUCCUGGAGGCAGAACUGAGUGAUUUCCCCUUAGAUAGGCCAGCUGCAAAGUCAAAAUUGGCUAUAUUGUAAAAAUUCAUGAAAACUAAAAUGUUUAAUUUAAGGUUAGGGUUAGGCAUUAGGGCUAGCAGUGUGGUUAAGGUUAGGUUUAAAAUCAGAUUUAUAACUUUGUGGCUGUGCCAGCUAGUGACCACUCUGCAGAGCUGCCUCUAGAAAAUGAUUAAUGGCAAAAAGCGCUAACCUGCGGUCUCCCCAGGCGCAAUUGUUAUUGUUUUUGUAACAGAGGAGAUGAGCAUCCAGCAUCAUGGUAAACAAAAAAAUCGUAUCGCGCCUGCAAUGAUGUGCAAUGAUGUCCGAAGCAAAUAAACAGUGUUCGUUGUUUGAAAUAACGUCUUUGUUGUUGUAAUAUCUCAAACAGACGUGGCAGUAUCACCACUUCAGAUUCCAGCUUUGAGGACCACAAUUACUGGAAUUUGCUGCAUUUUCUAUCCCAAUAAAUAAUUACUUAGGUUGAAAUGUUUGACAACCAUUAAGAUAAACCAGUUUAAAUGUCUAUGCAUUUAAGCUCAUUGAUAUUAUGCGUUCUGUUUAAUUGAUUGAUUGUGUUCGAUUUGAUCCUAUAGUUUAUGCACUAACUGUAAGUCGCUAAGAGCAUCUGCUAAAUGACUAAUAUGUAUAGGUAAAAUGUAGUUUCUGUAUCACUGGUAACACUGUGUGAGUUGUCUGAACCAGGUUAACCCUAAACCCCCUGCCUCCUUUGGUCUACCCCCCCCCCGCCCCCGCCCCAGCUCCUACCCAAAGAGGAGAUGUACACCCCUCCCAUCGUUCUGAAGGUGAUCGACCACCGGCCCUUCGGCAGGAAGCCCAUCGUGGGCCAGUGUACCAUUUACUCCCUGGAGGAGUUCCGCUGUGACCCCUACGUCACCAAUGCUGAGGUGGCCAUGUCUGCCAAAGGUACACACAUACAUUUACAUUGUUAGUCAUUUAGCAGAGCUCUUAUCCAGAGCGACUUACAGUUAGUGAGUGCAUACAUUUUUCAUACUGGCCCCCCGUGAAGGCAUGAAUGUAUGUAUGCACGAAUGUGCACACACACACACACACACACACAUCCACACACAACAUUGCUAGAGUACUGUACUAUAUGUGUCACACAUCUAUUUACUACCCCCUUUCUUUUCUGUUGUGUAUUACUUUAUUAGUGGCCAUGAUGGCAGCAACUCAAGGAGACAUCAUCAUUAACAUGGAGGAUAGGCCCAUCCUUAAUACUGAGGUAGCUACUGUAAAACUCAAAAAGGACUUUACAGAAUGAGCUUGUCUUAGUGUUGUGUUAUUUUAUCAGAAAUGUACCAGCACUGUAGCCUGGGUGCCAGGCUGUUUUCUGCUGUCUUGUAAGAAUUGCUUGGCAUGACAAUGAGUGACAAAGAGUUGACAAGAUAGCACAAAAAGAUCUGGGACCAGGCUAGCAAAAUUGUGUUGUGUGGUUACACAUUCUGAUGAUUUUAUUCUGUUUUUCUUCAUAGCUCCACAAAGAGAAGGUGAGAUUUUUCCUUUCUUUUAUGAAUACAUAUUAUCAAGGAUGGAAAGAAUCAAAUAUUUGAUGGCUUGUACACUCUUGACGGAGUCAAAAUGUGCUGUUAUUGAGGCUUAUUUGAGUCUGCCUGUUUUGCAGGAGGAGGAGGCAGUUGACUGGUGGAGUAAGUUCUAUGCCUCUGUGGGAGAGCACGAGAAGUGUGGGCCGUACCUCAAAAAAGGAUACGACACCCUAAAGGUACAGUAAGAACGUUCUACCACUUCUGUCUCCAUGACUGAAAGGUUUGAGUUGACCUGUUUGUUUCUUUCUAUCUCAUUUGUCUUACAAUGGUCACAAGGAUUGUACAUAGGACUUUUUCUAUCAAUGUUUAACACCCACCUGAGUUUUUUACACGACAAGCAGUAUAAUGGCGAUGCUGUGAGAAAUGUGUGUUUUCUCAUAUGUAUGAAGGUGUGUGAAUUGUGUGUAUGAUCUCAGGUGUAUCAGGGUUAUACAUACAGUCAGGUCCCAAAUUAUUGACACCCUUGAUAAACAUGAGAAAAAAAUACUAUAAAAUAAAUCAUACAAAUACAGAGCUAUAUUGUAUGCUUAAAAAAAUUGGUAAAUUAUAUUAUUUUAUACUAAUGCAAUUGCUCAGAGAAAGAGUAAGUAAUACAAAACAUUUUUUUGAUUGGAGAACACAUUGGGAGGGAUCUUAGACCAUUCCUCCAUACAGAAUCUUUCUAGACAAUAACCCCAAGCACACAUCAAAAUCCACAAAGAAAUUGUUAAUUGACCACAAAAUCAACAUCUUGUAAUGGCCAUCUCAGUCUCCAGACUUGAACCCCAUUUAAAACCUGUGGUUUGAAUUGAAGAGUCCUGCACGAAGAGUCCAUAAGCGCAGAUGAAGGAUAUCAAGGAACUGAAAAUAUUUUGUAUGGAGGAAUGGUCUAAGAAUCCUCCCAAUGUGUUCUCCAAUCUCAUAAAACAUUUUAGAAAAAGGCUCAGCGUUAUUAUCCUCACAAGGGGAGGGUGCUGGGGUAUUGAAAACAGGAUCCAAUAACUUUGACCCCCAUCCUUUUUAGAUUUUUUGUUAUUAUUUGUUAAACAAAAUCUCUUUCUCUGAGCAAGUGUAAUAGCAUAACAUUUCCCCCAAAAUAUGUACAUACAAUAUACAGUGAGGGAAAAAAGUAUUUGAUCUCCUGCUGAUUUUGUACGUUUGCCCACUGACAAAGACAUGAUCAGUCUAUACUUUUAAUGGUAGGUUUAUUUGAACAGUGAGAGACAGAAUAACAACAACAAAAUCCAGAAAAACGCAUGUCAAAAAUGUUAUAAAUUGAUUUGCAUUUUAAUGAGGGAAAUAAGUAUUUGACCCCUCUGCAAAACAUGACUUAGUACUUGGUGGCAAAACCCUUGUUGGCAAUCACAGAGGUCAGACGUUUCUUGUACACUGCUCAAAAAAAUAUAGGGAACACUUAAACAACACAAUGUAACUCCAAGUCAAUCACACUUCUGUGAAAUCAAACUGUCCACUUAGGAAGCAACACUGAUUGACAAUAAAUGUCACAUGCUGUUGUGCAAAUGGAAUAGACAACAGGUGGAAAUUAUAGGCAAUUAGCAAGACACCCCCAAUAAAGGACUGGUUUUGCAGGUGGUGACCACAGACCACUUCUCAGUUCCUAUGCUUCCUGGCUGAUGUUUUGGUCACUUUUGAAUGCUGGCGGUGCUUUCACUCUAGUGGUAGCAUGAGACGGAGUCUACAACCCACACAAGUGGCUCAGGUAGUGCAGCUCAUCCAGGAUGGCACAUCAAUGCGAGCUGUGGCAAGAAGGUUUGCUGUGUCUGUCAGCGUAGUGUCCAGAGCAUGGAGGCGCUACCAGGAGACAGGCCAGUACAUCAGGAGACGUGGAGGAGGCCGUAGGAGGGCAACAACCCAGCAGCAGGACUGCUACCUUCGCCUUUGUGCAAGGAGGAGCAGGAGGAGCACUGCCAGAGCCCUGCAAAAUGACCUCCAGCAGGCCACAAAUGUGUCUGCUCAAACGGUCCCCAGACCUGAAUCCAAUUGAGCACAUCUGGGACAUCAUGUCUCGCUCCAUCCACCAACGCCACGUUGCACCACAGACUGUCCAGGAGUUGGCAGAUGCUUUAGUCCAGGUCUGGGAGGAGAUCCCUCAAGAGACCAUCCGCCACCUCAUCAGGAGCAUUCCCAGGCAUUGUAGGGAGGUCAUACAGGCAUGUGGAGGCCACACACACUACUGAGCCUCAUUUUGACUUGUUUUAAGGACAUUACAUCCAAGUUGGAUCAGCCUGUAGUGUGGUUUUCCACUUUAAUUUUGAGGGUGACUCCAAAUCCAGACCUCCAUGGGUUGAUACAUUUGAUUUCCAUUGAUAAUUUUUGUGUGAUUUUGUUGUCAGCACAUUCAACUAUGUAAAGAAAAAAGUAUUUCAUAAGAUUAUUUCAUUCAUUCAGAUCUAGGAUGUGUUAUUUUAGUGUUCCCUUUAUUUUUUUGAGCAGUGUAGUUGGCCACCAGGUUUGCACACAUCUCAGGAGGGAUUUUGUCCCACUCCUCUUUGCAGAUCUUCUCCAAGUCAUUAAGGUUUCGAGCCUGACGUUUGGCAACUCGAACCUUCAGCUCCCUCCACAUAUUUCCUAUGGGAUUAAGGUCUGGAGACUGGCUAGGCCACUCCAGGACCUUAAUGUGCUUCUUCUUGAGCCACUCCUUUGUUGCCUUGGCCGUGUGUUUUGUGUCAUUGUCAUGCUGGAAUACCCAUCCACGACCCAUUUUCAAUGCCCUGGCUGAGGGAAGGAGGUUCUCACCCAAGAUUUGACGGUACAUGGCCCCGCCCAUUGUCCAUUUGAUGCGGUGAAGUUGUCCUUUCCCCUUAGCAGAAAAACACCCCCAAAGCAUAAUGUUUCCACCUCCAUGUUUGACGGUGGGGAUGGUGUUCUUGGGGUCAUAGGCAGCAUUCCUCCUCCUCCAAACACGGCGAGUUCAGUUGAUACCAAAGAGCUCGAUUUUGGUCUCAUCUGACCACAACACUUUCACACAGUUCUCCUCUGAAUCAUUCAGAUGUUCAUUGGCAAACUUCAGACGGGCCUGUAUAUGUGCUUUCUUGAGCAGGGGGACCUUGCGGGCGCUGCAGGAUUUCAGUCCUUCACAGCGUAGUGUGUUACCAAUUGUUUUCUUGGUGACUAUGGUCCCAGCUGCCUUGAGAUCAUUGACAAGAUCCUCCCGUGUAGCUCUGAGCUGAUUCAUCACCGUUCUCAUGAUCAUUGCAACUCCACGAGGUGAGAUCUUGCAUGGAGCCCCAGGCAGAGGAAGAUUGACAGUUAUUUUGUGUUUCUUCCAUUUGCGAAUAAUCGCACCAACUGUUGUCACCUUCUCACCAAGCUGCUUGGCGAUGGUCUUGUAGCCCAUUCCAGCCUUGUGUAGGUCUACAAUCUUGUCCCAGACAUCCUUGGAGAGCUCUUUGGUCUUGGCCAUGGUGGAGAGUUUGGAAUCUGAUUGAUUGAUUGCUUCUGUGGACAGGUGUCUUUUAUAUAGGUAACAAGUUGAGAUUAGGAGCACUCCCUUUAAGAGUGUGCUCCUAAUUUCAGUUCAUUACCUGUAUAAAAGACACCUGGGAGCCAGAAAUCUUUCUGAUUGAGAGGGGGUCAAAUACUUAUUUCCCUCAUUAAAAUGCAAAUCAAUUUAUAACAUUUUUGACAUGCUUUUUUCUGGAUUGUUUUGUUGUUAUUCUGUCUCUCACUGUUCAAAUAAACCUACCAUUAAAAUUAUAGACUGAUCAUUUCUUUGUCAGUGGGCAAACAUACAAAAUCAGCAAGGGAUCAAAUACUUUUUUCACUCAAUGUAGCUGUGUUUGUAUUAUUUAUUUUAUACAGUGUUUUUUGGUCAUCUUUAUUGAGGGUGCCAAUACAUUUUGAUUUGUGUCUGUGUCUGUGUAUCUGUGUGUGUCUUAAUGUAUUUCAGGUUGUGUGAUAUAUGUGUUUGUCCUCAACAUAUGAAGGUAUGUGUCCUCUCAUGUGUCUAACAGUGUGAUACGUGUGUGUUCUCACAGGUGUAUGAAGGUGAGCUGGAGGAGGUCCCAGAGUUCCGAGGGCUGACAGAUUUCUGCAAAACGUUCCGACUGCAGCGGGGGAAGACUGAGGAAGAGGAGGAUGACCCCUCAGUGGUCGGAGAGUUCAAGGUGAUCACAGACCUCUUUUUCUUAAGAAUGUAGCUCAGUUGGUAGAGCAUGGCGUUUGCAACGCCAGGGUUGUGGGUUCGAUAAAAUAAUGUAUGUGCUAACUGUAAGUCGCUCUGGAUAAGAGCGUCUGCUAAAUGACUAAAAUGUAAAUGUAAAAUGUACACGUCAUCCUGUUAAGAUAUAUUUUCAAGGGAGUCCUGUCCAGAGCCCGUUUUCAAAAAGUGUCUCAGAGUAUGUUCUGAUCUUAUUCAUUAUGAUCAUUAUUAUCUAAAAGGGAAAUCAGCACUCCGACUCUGCUCUCUACACUGAUCCUGUAUACAUGCAUAACAGGCAUAACGCCCAACUAUCCGCAGUGAUCCCCCGUGAACAUCGGUAUUAAAAGCAUUUUCUUGCCACCUUGUGGCCUUUGGAGUUCCUACCAGGUUGCUCUCGCUAACAGAUGCAGUCUUUUUUUGUGUGUGUGUCAGGCCACAGCAUAUGGAGGGUUAUCUGUGCCAAUUCUAAAAUGCAGUGCUUAAAUUCUAAAUUCACUCAGAAGAAGGAGACUGGGGGCCUUUUAAAGCCCUGUACAUACAGCUGGUGGGGGGGAAAAAACUAUGUUAUGUAGAACCAAUGAUAAAACGUCCUUAUUUUCUCCACUCUAAAUGUGAACCCAACCUAAGUAUUGACACCAAGCCUGUUUUUGACCCCUGACCCUGCUGGUGUGUCCUGUCCUGUAGGGCUCGUUCCGGGUGUACCCCCUAUCUGAUGACCCAGAGGUGCCAGCCCCGCCGCGCCAGUUCAGAGAGCUGCCUGAGAGCGGGUUGCAGGAGUGCCUGGUCAGGAUCUACGUGGUGCGAUGCAUGGACCUGCAGCCUAAAGACAACAACGGCAUGGUGAGUGUGUAAGGGUUGGUGUGAGGUGUGACCCAGGUGCGGUGCAGGAUAGACAGUAGGCAAGGAUGGUGAAACAAGGAUCUUUACUGGUGGUCUAAAAACCAUUAUACAAAACAACGGACUAUACACGAAAACAAAUGAGGAGCACAUAGGUCUCCAAAAAACAGGCUGACAGCAAACAAUAUGAAAUACUAACUCUAACUGGAAAAACACAAUGACACAGGGAGAACACUUCUCGUUCCUGUAACUCCGUCACGUGAUCCAACACUGAUACAUACUGCUUGACAUCAAGAAACUAGCAGAGAAAACUGAGCAAGGGAACACAGGGAAGUGAGGGUAUAAAUACACAGGUGAAUCAGAUAGCCACAGGUGACACCAAUAGGCAGAUAAUUAGUCCCGACUGUGAGUGAGGAGGUACCUAUGGUUGUCGGAGGAUGACACCUAGUGGGUCGCUCCGGAACUGCGACACACUCCUGUAACAUGAGUGGACGCCAAACACAGUCUAAGAGACUCUACACACUGAGAACACUUCAAACACGAUGCUGGAUCAGGCGUAUGUCAAAAGCUGAAUUAAUUUCAACUUUCAGCUGAGCGUUUCUGCAGCGCAUAUACAUUUGUUUGCCCCUCCCCUUCACCAACCAACUGUUCUCAUUAAAAUACAUGACUUAUAUAGCCUUUUCCCACACUAAUACCAUAUUUCAACAUUUGUGUUUGUUUUUGCUUUUUAGUGUGACCCUUACAUCAAGAUCUCUUUGGGGAAGAAAACAAAAGAUGACAGAGAUGACUACAAACCAAACACCCUCAAUCCAGAGUUUGGCAGGUAAAAUACAGUAGUAGUUUUAACUAAAACCUUCACUUAUAGAAAACUGUCAAAAUGCCACUGAGACUGUUGAAUGAAUUAAUUGGAUGGAUGGAUGGAUGUAUAAUUCAUUAAUUAAUUAUUUGAAUAUAAGUUUCGCCAAUUAACAUGCAUGCUCCACCAAGUAAUGUGGAUGUGGCGUUUUCCUUAGAAGACCUAAGAAAACUAGGUUUAGUAGAAACCUGAGAAAACUCCUUUUUUCUCCUACUCGGUGCCCCAACCUAAGCAUGUAAAAGUGUUUUGCAUGUGCUGGGUCUGCCCUGUCCUGUCUGGCUCAUUUACGUUACACCUUUGAUUACAGACGCUCUCACCCCAGACGCCGACCAGUUAGGGAGUGCCUGAAGGGCAAUUUCCCAGGAGUGCCUUUCAGGGAUCUACAUUGGUGCAUGCACCUAGCCAUAAACACAAAAUACGUUUUUGGUGGGUGGUGGGUGUGGUGUAAAAGGUUUUACACCAGGUGCCGGUGCGGGUUAAAGUAGGAAGGUGGUGAUGACUCCGCUGUACUGGUGGCAGAAACCGUUCACCAAAAGGGCCAUACACGAAAACAGUUUUGAGGGAGCACAUAGGUUCCGCAAAAACGGGGGAUGCCAGCAGGCCAAUAUGAAAGCAUGCCUCGCCGGGGGAAACACAGAUGAAAGGGGGCCUUCCUCAGUUCCUGGCAACACCAGGUCAACGGGGGAUUCCCAACACGGGAAAACCAGUGAGUGCUGGAGAUCAAGAAACUGGAAAGUGAAACAUGAGGGGCUGGGAACUCGGGAAAUUUGAGGGGUUAAUGGCACAGGGAACGGGGAAGCCCAGCAACAGCGAGGCAGAAAAUUAUCCCGAGAUAAAAGUGGGAUAGGACCUGUGGUUCGGUGGUAACCUAGGGGUCGACUCUGGAAUGUCGUAGACACUGAACAUGGGGUGGACGCCAAAAACAGUCAAGAGGUUGUCCACACGAAGCACUUCGCACUGCUGGAGGAUGUCAAAACUGAGUUUUUCAACCGUGAGGCGAGAUAUAAAGGGCCCCUUUCCCCGGGAGGAAAGCAGCUUUUCUUCCAUUCAAGCUACAUGACUUAUAUACCUGUUUCCCAAAUAAUACCGAUUCAACCUUUGAGUGGUUGUUUUUGUUGUUAGUGUGACCCUACAAUUCAAGAGCCUUUGGGGAUAUGACAACAAAGGAUGAUAGGGAUGACUAAGAACCUAGAACACCUCAAUCCAGAGUUUGGCAGGUAAAAUACAGUAGUAGUUUUAACUAAAACCUUCACUUAUAGAAAACUGUCAAAAUGCCACUGAGACUGUUGAAUGAAUUAAUGAAUUAAUGGAUGGAUGGAUGAAUUAAUUAAUUAAUUAAUUAAUUAAUUAAUUAAUGCAUGAAUUAAUGGAUGGAUGAAUGAGUUUUAUUUAGAAAUGUAUAAAGUUGUUUCAGCCAAGUGAAAUUAACAAUGCACACAGAAGUGUCUCUCACCAAGUCAACCUCAUCUCUUCCUCUUGUGUCAGGAUGUUUGAGCUGUCCUGUUUCCUCCCUCAAGACAAAGACCUGAAGAUAGCCGUGUACGACUAUGACUUGCUCAGCCGAGAUGAGAAAGUGGGAGAGACGGUCAUUGACCUGGAGAACAGACUCCUCUCUCGCUUCGGUUCCUACUGCGGCCUGCCGCAGUCCUACUGCAUGUGAGUGUGUAUGUGCAUGUGUGCGUGUGUCUGUCUGUCUGCGUCUGUCUGUCUGUACAACUGUCAGUUCUACAGGUCUCUCUGUCCAACUUUCCCACUGUGUCUCUGAUCCGUUUCAUUUAUAAUUCAUGCCUUUAAAUUGCCUGUAGUUGCCCAGUUCAGCUCAACUUUUAUUCUGGCCUAAUCCAGCCCCCACUAGAGAAUGCUAUUGUAUCAUAUGAUAUCAUAAUUAUAUAACAUUACAAAACAGCUCAGGGACCAACCAGUGGAGGGAUCAGCUGAAGCCCUCCCAGAUCCUGGAGAACCUGGCCAGACUGAGAGGGAUCCCUCCACCCCACAACACCGCUGACGGCAGCACGCUCUCCUUCGGGGGGAGAGACUACAGUCUGCUGGACUUUGGUAAAGUAAACCACUCAGUAGCAAACCACACGUUGUUAGCUAGGCAAGGAUUGUGUUAAUAGACCUCCUUGUAAACCAUCCAUUUCAAUGGGAGAUUUGCCCAAGAAGUUAGUAUUCAACCCUUUGAGGUACAUUCAGUUCUAUUAGAGGAGUUCCACAGAUAAAACAUAAUUAAUUUUUGAAAAAUUCUGAGUGACAAAUUCUUAUAUUUGGCAUUUGGCAUUUUACUUCAACCACAACAUAGUGAAUGUAUUAGUCAUCUGAACAUCAACCCAAACUUCUGUCUCCUGACUGAGUUGUGUGUCCUGUCGCUAGAGGCCAACAGAGUCAUCCACCAGCACCUGGGUCCAGCCAGGGAGAGGAUGGCCCUGCAUGUCCUCAGGAAACAGGGUCUGGUACCAGAGCAUGUGGAGACCAGGACUCUCUACAGUUCUUACCAACCUACACUGUCACAGGUUAGUACCUUAUUAGCUUGUUUUAUAAAUAGUUUAUAAAUAAUGUAUUCAUGCUUAUUCAUGAACGUUAUUAUAAAGUGUCUCCUAACUGCCCUUAUGAAACGUCCAAACAUUGUACUGCAUUAUCAGGCCACAUUAUCCAAGAAAAAAAAGAAGGAAAAAAAGAAAUGUCUAUAUGAGGUGUUUGUUUGUUGUGUGACAACAUGACGUCUAGAGCAGUGCUUCUCAAACCUCUCCUCUGGGACCCCCAGACGUUUCACAAUUUGGUUGUAGCUCUGAACUAGCACACCUGAUUCAAGAAAUAAGGGCUUGAUGUUGAUGUUUAGUUGACAAGUUGAAUCACCUUUGCUAGCUCUGGGGGGUCCCCAAGGAGAGGUUUGAGAAAGGCUGGUCUAGAGAAUACUUACCAAUUGUAUUGGCUCUCACUCUCCCCAUCUGUAGGGAAGGAUUCAGAUGUGGGUGGACAUCUUCCCGAAGAGCCUGGGUUUACCGGGACCUCCCUGCCACAUUACUCCACGCCAAGCCAAGAAGUGAGGGCCUUCAUACAUUACAAAUUAAUACUAGAUUAGUUUUUAAAGAUCCUGCACAGUCAAGUCAUGUUUUUCAUCAUAUUUGAUAACAUUUGGAUGAAACCAGAUCAAAGUAGGAUGACCAAAGUACGAUGACUGUUGCUGGUAUAUUGAUAAAGUUUUAUCAUAAACUUACUGGCUUCCUCCUCUGUGUUAAAAAUGUGAACUUAGGAGGCGGGGUUAAUGGAGGCUUUAUGUGACAUUACAUAAAGCCUAAUUUUAAUACACCAAUGGUAACGUCUUAUUCUCUUACCUAAUUUAAAUAAGUACCACCUUGUAACCAUCAUCAUGGAGGGGAGAGGUUUACAUAGCUAGCUAUUCUAUUGGUGCCAAAAUUUGACUGCAGGGUGUCAGCAAAUAUAAUUGCUGUUUUCCCCUAUUCAUCUAUGGCAAAGAUACUUAUAGGUUUCCUCUUUCAUUUGUGUCUGGCGUUAGAUAGUUAAUGGCUAGCUAGGUCUUCAGCCAGCAUGGGGAAAAGGGGGGAAGGGUCGUUCAAAACUCCUGCGCAGUUGUCAUGUCAACACAUCUGUCAGUGCUGCUGCAAACUGCGACAGAAGAGACAUGCCAAAUGGGAGAUAAUUAUUAAUCAUUGUUAGUCAUAGUUUAUGAGCAUGGUCUCGCAGUCAAUAUUUAUAUUUUAUGAGGUGUACCCAGACCUCACCUUGUCCAGUUUCAACUGAAAUUGUCCAAGAUGAACUAGCUAGCUAGCUUGAUAAAAUAGUGCUCACAAUUCCAUCUUCGUUAGCUAACUAAAUUAUACAGCCAUCAUUAUGUAUAUAUUGAUGCUGUUACAAUAACCAAACAAUUGGAAAAACAAAUAAUUUGUGAAACCAUGAUGUAUGACAGGAUUGGAUGUUGCAUGCAAUUUCAAUGUUGUUUGAGUUGCUUUGUGUAUCAGCAGAUUUGCUUGAGAUGAUCUCACUGCAACAUUGCUCACUGUGUCCAAGUUUCUUGACAUAGGUGUUUCAAAGAACUGUCAGUCAAGGUGAACUCCCCAUCCACUCAGCCUAUUAGCUCCCCGCCCACUCAGCCUGUCUUUUCACCUGAUAGUUAGACAUGAGAGAGAACAUACAUUUCGGUCACUCAUAAGGCUAUUUUACAUGGGAAUCAGGAUAACUGUGCGUGAAUUGUGUCAAUCUCAUAGACAGUCUGUCCUUGCAUUCUCAGCUCUGCCUAUUACUUUGCGUAGUUACAUCCCCACCCCAUACCUUUACAUGUACCAAACAAAGUGACAGUGUCAGGCUGUUUAUUGAAAUGGCAGAUUGAGCCUUUAAGUGUAUGAUGUUUUUCAACAGGUACUUCCUGCGGGCUAUCGUCUGGAACACCACUGAUGUCAUUCUGGAUGAGACCAGCAUCACCGGAGAGGAGAUGAGUGACAUUUAUGUCAAAGGGUACGGCUACUCAAUGGUACAGUAUUGAGUGAUUGGCUACUCAUAUGGAUCAUACUGUAUUGCUGAUCAAGCAAGGGUAGUGAACCCUACAUUUUAAGUGUGCAAAAAAGAAGUGAAAACCCUGUGACCAGCUGUCCAUCUACUUUAGAUCCAGGUGCUGGUUCUAGCAGGAAAACCUAGGUGUCCAAAACAAAUAUAAAAAAAUACACACAAGUAAAGACACGACCAACCUUCACUUCACAUUCUUAUGUUGAAAUGUUUUCAUUUUAGAGUGCAUGAGAGUGUACCCCAUUGCCUACUCGAUUGGUGGCAUACACAACAGUAAACAGGGAAUUGAUAGAGAAACAAUCAUGUAUUGUUGAUAGAGUAAAUAGGCCCUAGAGCAGGGGUGUCAAACUCAUUUUGGCCCGGAGGCCGCAUUCGGUCUUCAACGAAGUCUAAAGGGACGCACUGAACAUUUGUUAUAUUUCCUUGGCGUCAAAAUUGGCAAAAAAGUGUCCUCUAUCCAUAAUUUUGGGAAUUUCUGAUGCUCCCUGACAGUCUAGCUUUCAUUCCGGUGAUUAUUAGCGAGCUGGACACAGUCAAGAAACUGUAUGAAUGUAGGUCCAUUAUCAUUUCUACACAGUUUCAAUUUUCAAGUAUAUUGAGUUUCUUUCCCCCCACACAUUUUUUUUAGUCCAAAAACAAAUAAAUAUAUAUUUUGUUUUAACUCAAACACCCCUGCCUUAGUGUUUAAGUCCAGCUGAAACUGGACUAUGCUUUGAGGCACUUAAUCGACCUGUAUCUCAGCCCAGACCUAUCACUAGCUAUCUAAAGUGAGAAACAGUGUGACGGUUUGUUUAUUUGCAGAUGGAUGCCUGGUAUGGAGGAGGACAAGCAGAAGACAGACGUCCACUACAGAUCCCUGGAUGGUGACGGCAGCUUCAACUGGCGAUUUGUCUUUGGCUUUGACUACCUACCCGCAGAGCAACUGUGCCUCGUUUCCAGGAAAGUGCGUUUGAAGAGAUGUAUUUAAUUAUUUAUUGCUUUUAUUUGACUAUAAUAUAAUGCUAUACGCCAUUUAGCAGACACUUUUAUCCAAAGCGACUUAGUCAUGCGUGUUGUGCAUACAUUUUAUGUAUGGGUGGUACCAGGAAUCGAACCCACUAUCCUGGUGUUGCAAGCACCAUGCCCUACCAACUGAGCUAACACAUUCGCUUUUACAAUUGCGACCUGAAGUGAAGCAUUAUGACAAAUUAAGUCAAAGUUUGACAAUAAAUAAUAGUUGCAGAAACAUAUACAGUGGGGGAAAAAGUAUUUAGUCAGCCACCAAUUGUGCAAGUUCUCCCACUUAAAAAGAUGAGAGAGGCCUGUAAUUUUCAUCAUAGGUACACGGCAACUAUGACAGACAAAAUGAGAAAAAAAAAUCCAGAAAAUCACAUUGUAGGAUUUUUAAUGAAUUUAUUUGCAAAUUAUGGUAGAAAAUAAGUAUUUGGUCAAUAACAAAAGUUUCUCAAUACUUUGUUAUAUACCCUUUGUUGGCAAUGACACAGGUCAAACGUUUUCUGUAAGUCUUCACAAGGUUUUCACACACUGUUGCUGGUAUUUUGGCCCAUUCCUCCAUGCAGAUCUCCUCUAGAGCAGUGAUGUUUUGGGGCUGUCGCUGGGCAACACGGACUUUCAACUCCCUCCAAAGAUUUUCUAUGGGGUUGAGAUCUGGAGACUGGCUAGGCCACUCCAGGACCUUGAAAUGCUUCUUACGAAGCCACUCCUUCGUUGCCCGGGCGGUGUGUUUGGGAUCAUUGUCAUGCUGAAAGACCCAGCCACGUUUCAUCUUCAAUGCCCUUGCUGAUGGAAGGAGGUUUUCACUCAAAAUCUCACGAUACAUGGCCCCAUUCAUUCUUUCCUUUACACGGAUCAGUCGUCCUGGUCCCUUUGCAGAAAAACAGCCCCAAAGCAUGAUGUUUCCACCCCCAUGCUUCACAGUAGGUAUGGUGUUCUUUGGAUGCAACUCAUCAUUCUUUGUCCUCCAAACACGACGAGUUGAGUUUUUACCAAAAAGUUAUAUUUUGGUUUCAUCUGACCAUAUGACAUUCUCCCAAUCCUCUUCUGGAUCAUCCAAAUGCACUCUAGCAAACUUCAGACGGGCCUGGACAUCUGGCUUAAGCAGGGGGACACGUCUUGGCACUGCAGGAUUUGAGUCCCUGGCGGCGUAGUGUGUUACUGAUGGUAGGCUUUGUUACUUUGGUCCCAGCUCUCUGCAGGUCAUUCACUAGGUCCCCCUGUGUGGUUCUGGGAUUUUUGCUCACCGUUCUUGUGAUCAUUUUGACCCCACGGGGUGAGAUCUUGCGUGGAGCCCCAGAUCGAGGGAGAUUAUCAGUGGUCUUGUAUGUCUUCCAUUUCCUAAUAAUUGCUCACACAGUUGAUUUCUUCAAACCAAGCUGCUUACCUAUUGCAGAUUCAGUCUUCCCAUAACUGAUAACAAGUUCAAACAGGUGCCAUUCAUACAGGUAACGAGUGGAGGACAGAGGAGCCUCUUAAAGAAGAAGUUACAGGUCUGUGAGAGCCAGAAAUCUUGUUUGUUUGUAGGUGACCAAAUACUUAUUUUCCACCAUAAUUUGCAAAUAAAUUCGUAAAAUUCCUACAAUGUGAUUUUCUGGAUUUUUUUUUCUCAAUUUGUCUGUCAUAGUUGACGUGUACCUAUGAUGAAAAUUACAGGCCUCUCUCAUCUUUUUAAGUGGGAGAACUUGCACAAUUGGUGGCUGACUAAAUACUUUUUUCCCCACUGUAUGUUGGGCAGAUGUUGAGUUCCAGACUAACAUCCAAAAGUGUUUUGUUUUUGUUUGUUGUCAGGAGCAUUUUUGGAAUCUGGACCAAACCGAGUUUCGGACCCCCCCAAAGUUGAUCGUCCAGAUUUGGGACAAUGACAAAUUCUCACUGGAUGACUACCUGGGUAAGAUAUAUUUAUUUCCUCUGAUCUAAAGUAACUGAUACAAAGUGUUCCUCUUUUUAACAUCACCAGAUGUCCCCAAACAUCUGACAGACAGACUGACUGACUGACUCAUUGAAUGAAUUAAUGUUUAUUGUCCAUCAAGACAAUAACAAGAAACAUCCAUCAGCAUCUGAAAACCAGUCUUAUUUAAACCCAGGUCUGCAAUACAUAACAGAUAACGGUGAGUAGGAAAUGUGAGAAGGAAACGUUGAUAUAAAGGGAUUGCUAAUCCAGUUUGUGUUGCAUUUGGGACACAGGCACAGUUGAGCUGGACCUGCUCCAUCUGAUCCCCCCUGCCAAGACCCCUGAGAAAUGCAGUCUGAAAAUGUUGCCAGGGGUUACAGGCUUCACCCCUUCCAAACAACCACAGCCCAACUCUCUGUUCUCCCAGAAGUCUGUGCGGGGCUGGUGGCCCUGUAUGAUAGAGCAGGACGGGAAGCACAUCCUGGGUGUAAGUCCUGUUGUGAAAUUGAAAGAACAAAUUGCAAAUUCUAAGUUAAUUUCCCAAUUUUGCCUUGAGUAGAGAAAAUGUUGCUGAUUUAAAUACAUUUUUCUGCAAUUCUACACAUUCUGCCAUGGGGCGUAGAGAAUAUUUUGCAGUUGAAAGCUAAUUUACUGCAAUUCUACACAUAUUUCCAUGACUUAUGCCACGUUCAUACAAUAUCUGGAUGAGAGCGACUAACAAAAGUAAUUUAGCAGACGCUCUUAUCCAGAGCGUCUUACAGGAGCUCAGCUCAAGGACAUGUCAGAUUUUUCGCCUAGUCAGCUCGGGGAUUUGAAACAGCGAACUUUCGGUUACUGGCCCAACUCUCUUAACCGCUAGGCUACCUUUGUGCCUCCAAAAUGAUUGGAGGAACACUGCUGAUGCACUACCAAAUUUCAAAAUUGCACCUUGUGUUUUCUACUAUUUUAACUCUCAACAGUAAGUUGAGACUGACACUGACCUAGCGUCCAUUUAUGUUGAUUAUCGGUAGGGCCCCUGCGGACAACACACACACACGAACAGAACACACGCACACACACCAACCUUUCCCAUUGGAAAGUUACUAUAACUGUGGUAUGUGGUUGUCGUACCUAGCUACCUUAAGAUGAAUGAAAGCCGCUCUGGAUAAGCCUAAAAUGUAAAUGUAAAAUAAGCUAAUACAGAUUUCCUCAAAGGAAAUUUGUAUAGUUGAUCAUGUGUCAUUGUGAAUGAAUUGAUAACCAGAAAUGCCUGCGCAUAGGCGACAGUAUUUAGUCACUUUGAUCCUUUGCACAGUAUUGAUAAACAGAAUGACGUGAAAGUCACAAGCUUUAGGGCUAAAUGUGUUUAUAGAUCACAGAGACGAUGGAUGAGAAAGUCUGUGGCGUGUUCAUGACUGUCUCUGUGUUCCCAUAGGGGAAGGUGGAGAUGACCCUGGAAAUAGUGGAAGAGAGGGAGGUAGAAGAGAGGCCUGCUGGGAAGGGCCGGGACGAACCCAACAUGAACCCCAAACUAGACUUUCCUAAGUAAGACCACAUCCACAAGUUACCUUUCAACCACCUAUGACAAUAACAUUGUAGCUUGUCCAUUGUAAGUAGAAUGUUUUAACAUACUAACUACAUAGUGCUAUAACAUUCAGUGACGAAAUGCACCAAAUAAGAGUCUACAUUUCAAACUGGGCUUGCCUCGGCCCACGCAUGGUUACCCUCCCCCCUUUUAGAACACAAUGUAACAUCAAGUCAAAUGGAUGAGCUCCCAGAAAAAUGUGUUUUGUUGUUUCUCUCCCCAUACAGUCGCCCCGACACUUCCUUCUUCUGGUUCACCAGUCCAUGCAAGACCAUGAAGUUCAUCAUAUGGCGCAGAUUCAAAUGGAUCUUCAUUGGUUUGAUAGUCCUCCUGCUUGUGCUCUUGUUCCUUGGGAUCCUGCUGUACUCCCUACCAGUAAGAUAUAUGUCCUUGUAAUCUAUAAUACUAAUAUAUCUAUGCCACUUAGAAGACACUUUCAUCCAUAGCAACUACAGUGAGUGCAUAGUGCAUACAUUUGUUGUGUUUGUAUGUGAUCAUUAAAUCCAACCUUACCAAUUCAACAAAACUGGGUAUCUUCAUGCAUAUAGUGUAGACAGGCAACGUGGCAUCAUUCCUUUGAUAGGCUGAAUUGCAACAUAAUAUGGUAAAAUUAAGCAUACCUCUGCAUUUAUUUGAUCUGAUAAUAGAGUGCAAUAUUGCAAUAAUUCUACUCCACUAAUGCAUCUUACAUAUGAAUAUAGCAGAUGAUUUAACCUUACUUUAAAUCAAGUCAAGAUGUGUUUUACUAAUUAAAUGUUUUCUCUUGCCUCUCCAGAACUACAUCUCAAUGAAAAUUGUGAAGCCUUUCUCU